CUUUUUGUACCAGGCUGAAGAAAAAAAACACUUUUUUCGGCUGCUCUGAAAAGGUCCGUGAAGGAGUUGGCUCGAAAAAUAUCUGUAGAUGUUUUUUGGACAUGCGCAGAGGGGAGAUGCCAUAUUGGAACAGGGGCAGCAGCAGCAGCAGCUGAAAGACGUCGCUCGCGUUGCUUUGCUCGAGCUCACGCAAACGAGGAGAAGAGAGAGAGAGAGAGAGGGAGAGAGAGAGAGGAAGAGAGAGCGAGAGGGGAGAGAAAAAACAGAGGGGGUCUCGUGAAGGAGAGGCGACAAAAAACUUGUCCAGGUAAGACAGGUGACGGCUCCGGCUCUCGCGACAUGCUUUUCCGGUGCUUGCUGCCUUUUGUAAUUUUGGUUAUGUCGACGAAAUGAACACACGGAGAGUUAUCUUUCUCCUCCUUCUUCUUCCCUGAAGUGCUCCCGAGGCGGUUUCUGUAGAAACGAGAAAAAAUUCACGAGCUCAAGUUGUUCAAAGUGUGUGUAAUUAACAGCUUUCACCCACGGAGAGGACGCAGUCUCGUGGCACGCGUGGUAAAACGGUUUAUUGCGUUGUUUUGUUGCACUGUUUGCGCCUCUAAAUUCAUCGUAAAUAAGGUUAAUUUUACCGUUUUGUACAAGCUGUGGCCUAAAUGUCAUUUUAAGGUGGUUUAAUGUUGUGUUUAAGGACAAAAGCGCAAUUUUGUUUGGCGCAUUUUCGACUUGCCCGUAUAUCUUCGCGUUGAAAUUACUUAUUGAGGUCAUUUACAUAGAUAUGAGUCAUAUGCGAUUUUUUCCCCGUCACCUUAAGGUGCGUAAAAGCCGCUGGAAAAUACCGGACACUGCCAAAAUGUCAAACCACUUUCAACAUGGCGGGUUAUGGUGUUCGAGGGGAAAAACUGCGCCUUAAAAUCUUUGAACGAGGAAAAAAUAAAACGACGACAGAUAACGCGCCCGGUUCUGUUUCUUUUGGUGGACAAACACGAGGUUUAAUGAAUUAAAUUCAAAGCGAGCAUUUGGCGAUUCCGUGGGAGUUUUUUUCCGCUGCAGUUUUGAGUGUGCAAAGUACACGACCGGAGUGCCAGCCUGCCUGCCUGUCUGCCUGCUGCUCGGCUACACCCCUCAGCCUCAUCUUCCUCAUGUGCACUCAACGUUUCCUCUUUCACUUUUAUCCAACCAAAAAAUGCUCGAGCUCUCACGAUACCUCUGCUUUUUAGACCACAUUUUGAUCACAUUUACGCCUCUUUAUCUCUGCGUGGAAAUAAUGGAGGAUUUCACACUCGGACUGGAUAUUUCUCUCCAGUUUAUUGUGUCUCUUUGGGGUAAAUUCGUAAUGAUUAAGCAGAUAAUUGGAUUAAACCGCGCCUAUCUGUUUGAUUAUUUCUCAUUUUUUUGCGGAGAGGACUGUAAAUCCGGGGUUUUUACAGCUUUGCAUUAUUCCCGGAUUCCUCCUCCAGAUUAAAUUCGUCACCAUAAUGAAGAGAAACAAUAAAGACUGCACGUUACGCACGCCGAUGUGCAUUGAAUAAAUCCUGCCUGAAUACUUCUUGUUGCUGUAAAGAUAUUUAAGUGGAGAAAUGCCGAAAUGGGAGCACUUUGGUGGAAAGAAUAAUGGUCAAUAAGAGGGUUAUUUAUUCCCCCCCUGGUAUGGAGAGAUUGGAGUGGUUUUUGCUGCACAUUGUUGUUGGUUUGUUAUGUGGCUUUUAUUCUGUAAGAACCACCAACGGCCAUUUUUUUAUCAUUUAGCUGUUUGUGAUAAGACAUUGUGUGUUAAUCUGGCUGUGAGUGUUUCUCAAGAAAGACAAUCAGUGGAACAGACAGAGAGAAAGAGAGAGAGAGAGAGAGAGAGAGAGGAGGGUCUUUACAGGAAAAUAAUCAACUUACAAUCCAAGCUUUUCUUUCUUUCUCUUCUUUCUCUUCCUCUGUCUGGAUUUCUCUUACUCGUUCUUGGUUUUUCAGUCUUUUUUCUCUCUGUCCUUGGCUCUUGUUUCUAGCUUUGUCUGCACUCCUCUUUCCUCUGUCGGUUUGCUCUAUCCUUCCUUUUCUUGAAAGCUUUUCUCUUUCUUUCGUUCUGUCUUUCUUUCUUUCUUUCUCUGUCCUCAAGUUUGUUGUUCUUUUUGCUUUUCUUUACGCGUGUCUGGAUUUCCUCUCAUUUGUCUGCCUUUCAUUCCUUCAUUGUUCAAUGUUUCUCCAUCAGUCUUUCUGCUUUUCCGUCUUUUAGUUUUUCUUCUUUGUGUCUUUUUUCUUUCCACCUGCAGGGUUUUCUAUCCUUGUUUUUUCAUCCUUAAGUUUGUCUGUCCUUCUUUCUUUCCUUUUUUUCUGAGUUUUCUUUUGUUUUGCUGUUUUUCACUCUCUUGCCUGCGUCUCUCGUGCGUCACUCAGUUUUUUUUUAGCUUUCAGAGCUUUGUCCUCUUUCUCACUCCUUUCCUUUUUGUCUUUUUCCCUAUUUCUUUCUUUUUCCAACACAUCUGUCCAUCCUUCUCUUUCCUCCUGUUGUCUGUCUUCAGUUUGUUUCUGUCUUUCUCUGUUUUUCUUAUCUUUCUAUCUUUCUUUCUUUCUUUCUUUCUUUGUCUGUCCUCAGCUUUGUCCAUCUUUUUGCUUUUCUUUAAGUUUGUCUGGAUUUCCUCUCAUUUGUCUGCCUUUCAUUCCUUCAUUGUUCAGUGUUUCUCCAUCAGUCUUUCUGCUUUGUUGUCUUUUAGUUUUUCUUCUUUAUUUCUUUCUUUCUUCCUGUAGGUUUUUCCAUCCUUGUUUUUCCAUCAUUAAGUUUGUCUGUCCUUCUUUCUGUCCUUUUUUCUGAGUUUUCCUUUGUUUUGCUGUUUUUCACUCUUUCUCUCUCCUUUCCUUUUUGUCUUUUUUGUUGUUUCCCUUUUUCCAACACAUGUGUCCAUCUCUCUCUUUCCUCCUGUUGUCUGUCUUCAGUUUGUUUCUGUCUUUCUCUCUGUCUUUUAUUUCUUUCCUUUCUUUCCUUGAGUUUGUCUAUCUGUCUGUUUGUUUUUCCACUUUGCCCGUCCUUGAGUUUGUGUCUCUCACUCCUUUUUUGUCUGUUAGUUUGUCUGUCCUUCAUCCUGUUUUUCUUUCUUAUUUCGUCUGUCUCCAUUUUUCUGUUUUUUUUUUUCUAGUCUGUCGUUCUUCUUGUAUCUCUUCUGUAGUUUUCUCUCUCUUCCAGUUUUGUUUUCUAUUCAGUUUUCUGUCUCUUUCUCUUUCAUUUCUCAGCCUGUCUUUUGGUGACUCUGUCUUCUUGUUUUUAGUUUGUCUUAAAGAAAAAGAGAAACUGGACAGACAAACAAGAUUGAAGUUUUCUUUGAUUUUUGGUGUUUAAGUGAGUCAUUUGUUGCUCUUUUCUUGCGUCACUAUCCCCCUCAACUGCUUCAUCCACCUGUUUUUUCUUGUUUUUGUCAACGCAUGGUCCUGUCUUUUUUCCACCUCUAUCUAUACUCCUGUAUCAUGUCCGUCUCCAUCUUUCUGUCUUUCUUCUCUUUUUCUGUCCUUUUGUCUUGUUUGUUUUUGUUUCUGUUUUUAUUAAUUUCAGUCGUUCCUGCCGUUUCCCUGUUUUUGUGUCUUUUGUGUCUGUCCUUUUCACUGCAUUAUCUUUCUUUCUUUCUUUCUUUCUUUCUUUCUUUCUUUCUUUCUUUCUUUCUGUGGACAGGCUCUCUCUCUGCCUAUAUUUGAAUAAAGGGAGGACUUAGUCAAAUAUCAGAUUCAACCUCUCCUGUUUUCAUAAGUGUGUGUGUGUGUGUGUGUGUGUGUGUGUGUGUGUGUGUGUGUGUGUGUGUGUGUGUGUGUGUGUGUGUGUGUGUGUGUGUGUGUGUGUGUGUUUUGGAAGUGGUUUCCAGUCAUUGAUGUUGAAAUAAGAAAAUACUGGGCUGAGGGAGUUUCCCCCCUCUCUGGCUGUGGCUCUGUUUUCUUCUUCUUCUGCUGUUUUUUUUUUCGUGGUCCUCUGGAGGCAUUCCCUGUUUGCUCUUCAUCAUUUGAUAGUUAGCUGAUCUCUGUUAGCAUCACAAGCUGCACUAAUCGGGUGAAAAACACACAGGCUACAUUGUGUCCACAUGUUAAAAACCAGAGAAAGAAACAGAGGACAAAUUGUUGUAUCAGGCCUCCUGAUACCGAGAGGAAACAACUCUUGGAUGGGGCUAAAAGAGGAGGACCUAAUAGGCAGUAAUGCAAUAAAACCCAAGCCCAUGCAGUGGUAGUUAAUCUCCUAAAUCCCCCAUUAAAUCUUUGGCAUGGAUGGGUUUAGGGAAAGGCAGGAGGACAACAUGUGGAUGCUCAGCGCCCCACUCGGGGCUAAUCAAUAAAAAAAACUGCUCUCAAUCCGCGGGGCACAAAUGUCCCGCGUCUGAGAUUAACUCUCCCAGACCGGCUUAAUCCCGAGUGCCCAAUCUGGGGCUGUUUCCUCCAGGCCAGAGGGCUUCACCAACUACAACAAACCCUGCUCUGAAAAGGCAGCUCGUUUCAGAGAUAUUGACAGUCACCUUCAGAACAAAGACUGUAAAUGUUAUUUCAUCCCUGAGGGUUAAAAACUUGUUUAACCAGUGAGGAGCCAAAUGAAGCGAUGACUCAACAUGCUGACAGUGCAGAAAAAACCAUUAAGGUUCGACUUUCUGGGUGUCAUUUCCUAUCAAAGUGCGCCCUGUUUUUGUUAGAGGGAUUGGUGUUCAGAGAGUCUUGUAUACCCUGCUGGGUUCUCCUCCUAAAAGUCAAGUUUGAGCUGCUCCCACCCACUGAAAAUCUAUUUCACAGGCCCCCUCGCUGUGACAUACUCUCCUGUUUAAUGCCUUUGCACAUAAAUGUGAGUCUGCUUUGAAAUGAGAACAUUCUUUAGGAUCUCCGGGAGCUGCAUUAACUUGAUAAGAAGCGUAAAAUAUGUGACCUUUUCUCUGGAAGUUUGCAGAGACAAUAAAUAUGUCAGAGUGAAUUUUGAGGGGAAAUGAGCAAUGCAGUUCAUAUUUGGGCAGUGACACACUUCCUCCUUUUUUUGUCUCAUAAUUCCAGUGAACUGGAUUAAAAAUGAAACCAAUUGAAGGUUUUACAGUGUGCAACAAAUGUAGGAAAAUAAGCCUUUUCUCUUUUUUUAUUGCCUCCAAUUUCUGCACAGCAUGGAGGACAAUGAGAGGGCUGCAGUUUUUAUGUUCUGCUUUUGAUGUAGUUGUUAAAACCUUCAAAUUAAAGGUAGUUUUUCUUGUGUUUCAAUGCAAUAAAGGCAAAUCACAAGAAUGCAGGCAGCAAUUAAAUGUACUCGUUCAGGGCUGUCGGCUUAAACGUGUUUAGCAUGAUGUGAUUAAGGUCCAAAAUGAAUGCGCAGGUUUUUGUCCCUUACAGCAUAGAUAAGCAGCUUUUGGUUCUGUGGUGGGAAAUACAUUUCACUCAAAAAGUCCCAGAUGGCUCAGUCGACGAGUCAAAAGGAAAAACUUCCAGUUUUAGCAACAAGCUAUGAGAUAAAGAGACUGAUGUGAGCGUGAAGCCGUAUCCUCAAAACCAACAGAGAGCGAAUUUGGAGCCACAGAUCUCUAGAUGAAACUAGAUUUAAGAAGUGGUUGUUCAGUAGGUAAAUAGAUGAGAUUGUUUGAUGAGAUGAGCCAAAACCCAUCUUAGGUUGGUUCUUGUUAAUUCAUCAAACAUUGAGCGUGGUCUAGACCUGCCCUUGUUCUUUGAAAAGCAUCUUGGGAUGACGACUGUUGUGAAUUGGGGCUAUAUAAAUAACAUUUGAUUUGAUUUGAGUAGGUCACUAGAGGCGAGUCAACACUGUUGAAGACUCUUGGGUGGGAUGUUGUGACCACUCAUGCCGUACAGUUGCAGGUCAUAGUAUGAAACAGAGAAAGCAAUCAAAGUGGAACUCCUAAGAAGUUAAAGUGUUGUUGCAAUCACCAGGAAUCCUUGGACAUCAUUGGAAUACAUGCAAACGUAGAGAUUUGAAUGUGAAAGAGCCUUAUUAGUAAGAAAAAACAGAAUAUGCGCUUCCUGGAAUUCAUAGUUUCAACAGUAGAGCCUUUAUUAAAUCAAUAUUUUAGCAUCAAAAUGUGCAUUUUAUUGCAUUUAGUUGAUUCACAAACCAAAAAAACUAGUAAGAAUUGGAUUGCAUAGUUAAUUUGGACUUAGAAACUGCCAUUGAAGUCUUUUAAUCAUGGUAAUAUAUCAAACUUCCAUAAGUUAUAGUGAUUAAAACAUGUUAUUGUUAUAAAAACUUGAAUAGUGUGACUAUAAAAUGUCUGAAAACAGUGGAAGAUGAUCUCAGGGAUGAGUUUAAGAUCUCAAAAUAACCUGUUUCAUGCAUUUAACCAUCCAAAAAGUUUAAAAGAGAAAAAGUUUCGGUUGUAUUUGACAGAAAAAAAGGACCAAAUGUCACAUUUUUAAAUCUGGAUGCGUUGAUUGCUCUGUAGUAUCCAAUCAGAUCAGGCGACUUAUUGUUUCCACAUUAAUUUCAGCUUAAUUUACAUAUGAACUCCCUGGUUGUAAUGUGGUGCCUCAUCUUGAUAAAGCUUAAUAAAGUGUCGGACGAGCAGAUGCGGUAUAUCUAAAUGAGGAAUGGGGAAAAAACAGCCUCUCUGGGGGACUCUAAAACUGAAUACCCAGCCUCAAUUGGUCCUGUGUGAACUCCCCCCCGCACUAUUUGAUUCAGGGCGUUGGAGUGCACUUUAAUGAGUUUUAAUGAGCGCUGUAGAGGGCUGCAUGCUGACGACAGCGAUGUGUCAGUGCUGCUGCAGACUGUGGGGCACUUAGGAGAGAAAACGCUGAGGAGAAAGGGGCGAGCGGAGAGCGAGCGGAGAGCGUCAUGUGAGCCAAAUUAGCUCAGCUUGUUGUUUACGCAAUGGAUGUUUGCCGGAGCCACUGUGGGACGUCAGGGGUCUGUGUGUGAGUGUGUGUGUUUGUGUGUAGAGGAGGUGGGAGGUGGCACACACACAGAUACACACAUGCUGCCUCUGAAGACUCACAGUUCUGUAAAUACCCUCGGCUCUCUCUCUGCAGCUCCAGCAUUGUCUGAGUGCUUAAAUUUUUCUCAGGAUUUCAGGGUGUUUUUGACGCUGGAUUCAAUAUUUUCCCCUCUGAGGAUUGUUGGAUUCUCACUUUUCCUCUUUCUUUGGAUCAUCUCAGGAUGUCAAAUCACAGAUUAAGGAUAUUUUCUCCUCUCUUGGAUGUCAGAGUUGACAGCACUAACCUGCUCCUGGAGUUGUUUUGAGCCUGAUUUGAGGAUUGAUGUGUGACAGCGGUGUGCCUCUGUGUUAAUUGUCGGAUUGAUGAAAGUGGGUGGAAGUGGUGGAGUGAGUCACUAGUGAUGUGACUGCGUGACCGGCUGUAGGACAAACGCCAGGCGAGUGACACACAGGGUCUGUUGUUGUGAGGAGGAUUGUUUUCAUGGGUAGAUGAUGUGCUGCUUUUAUUCUCAAAUUCACCACUUUUUGAUGCAUUUUUCAGUCUGUUUUUGCCUCGAGUUAUUUGUGCUGUAACAUUUAUCAUUUAAACCAGUUUGUCUGAUUUCCUUUAAACUUCAUAUUUGUGACUUUUAAGCUCAGGACUCAAUCCCAAGAAAACCUGUCUUUAUGAUCUUUCAUUCUCACUGCUGGCGUAUCUGUAAAACAUCUAUGGUGUACUACUAAGAGUGCAGAUGUUUAGUUAUUUAACAGAUUUUAAAUAUUUUCAUCAUUAACCAGCUUUUCAGCGACCAAAUAUUUACUGUUUAAUCCUUCUGCGACGUGAGAAACUGCUUGUUUGAUUGAAAAAUCUUUUGGAUUUAGACACAAAAGUGUACACAGGACGUAAGGACGUAAAAUAAUUAUUCUUCACUAUUACAUCUAUGAAUCAUUGAGUUGAUUCGCAGACCAACCAGUGGUAGUUUCAGUCCUGAUUUAAACAUCUGUAUAGAUACCAGUUUUUGUUGGAUGUUGUUGCCCUUUUGACUGAUUUCUCAGUCUGCUGUAAUUGGGCCAAUAUAUAUCAAUUUGAAAUAAUUGGUAUCGGCCAAUAUCUGGGUUCAUUAAACUGAUUAAUAAGUCGUGUGUGCAGACGACUCGUCAGUGUAGCUGCUAUCAAACAUCAACUUCCCCCUUAAAUGAUAACAUGAUAAACGACAGUGGAUUAAACCAACAGUUCCUGACAAGUGUUCAAGGAUGUGAUACGAUCAUAGAUUAAGAAUGUGAUUUAUAGAAUAGAGGAGGUUAAUAUCGCUCCUGGCAUAAAAAUGUCAUGUUCCAACAUAUGCUGCAUAACCCAAUACGAGCUGUUCAGAAAAAAAAGUCUGCGCAGGCUGUAACUUGGCAUCCCUCAGUGUUCAUUUUCACAUGGUUUUCACCGAGGUCCAAAUUAUGCCUGUAAUGAGAGAGCAGGUUGGCUCAUGAGUGAUAUAUGAUGUUGUUGUUGAAUUUGUUGGAUCUAACUCGGAUCUAAUAACACAAAUAAAAUAACUGAAAGUGAAUUAGCGUUUAAUUGAAAUGAAACUGAGUAAAUAAUAUUUUGAUUUUGUAGUUUUUUUCUGCAGGUUUAACUGAAAAACACAAAUUAUCCAAAUGUGGUUUUCUUAAAUUCAGCUUAACAGUCCGCUCUUGCAGAUGGUACGGCUGCCCUUGCAUUGUUCCUGCAGAGUUAAAAUGAUGUGAUGGAGUGUAAGGGCCACAUUAAUGAGAAAAAAAUGUACAAUUUUAAUUACAAUUAUAAUUCACAGAUAAAAUUUUCACAAUAAUUAACACAUUGGACCGUCCAAAGUCAGCAGGAUGACAUUUUUGUGUCAGAAAUCGCUGUAGAGGACAAGAUGAGCAAAGACAUCUGUCCACAGGGGGCGCCACAACUGACACAAACCAAAAGUUGCUCACAGGAGCUUUAACUUAGUGAUUCGCCACAUAAUCCUGUUUUGAGGGUUAUACCACACGUCUCAGAACAUUAAGUACAGUUUUAACAAGAUGAUUCACGUUUCUCAUUUAGGCACAAGAAGCUGGCUUCUAACCGAAAAAUCAAACUUAUGUCUUUAUCACGACUUAAUUCACAAAAUUUAAUGAUUUUACUUUUGUAACAUAUUGACUUUAUUCGUGUAAAAAUUAGACUUAUUCUAAUAACUUUAUGACUUUUAUCUCAAACCAUUACAACCAGAUUUUCUUAGACUUCUGUCUUAACUUAAGAAUUACUUUAAAAAUCUUUAAAAUCUUGAUAAAGUUUUGUCUUUAAUGUGGACCUAACAUUUUGACGUGAAGGUGAUGUGAGGUUUCACAUGGUGAUGCUGGGUUGUAAUUUGCAUAAUCACCCACUGACCAGAGGUGGUUACAGUUAAUCAAAAGUGUAACUCCAGUGAAAAACGUUAACUUUUAAAAUAGUUAAUCCAUUCUCUUCUUAAAUACAGGGGGUCUCCACGAUUCAAGAUCUGAUCCAAACUUAAUUUAUCUGUAAAGAUCCUUGAAUCCUUUUAAAUCUACAAAGGCUGUAUGAUCCUGCUUAAGUUGUGUUUGAUCCGUCUUACCACGCAAGAGCGCUGCUGAGAUCCCUCUUGUUUUCUUAGGUUACAAAUCGACAUAGAAUUGUUGUAAAAAUGACAUUAAUAAAGAAAACAGAAUUUAAUGAAAGUUAAAAGUUGUUAUGACCAUUUUCAAACCAACAUCCCUGUCAAAAUUAGCUCACAAAAGUCACGACUAUUCAUUAUAAUGCUCACCGUACACCGCCUCUUCCUUCUAUGAAUUUAAACUGAAUCCGACAAAGAUAGAUUGAAUUAUUGUUACAUUAAUUAUCUAAACUAAUGACCUCAUUAGUCAAACUGAAUGUGUUUAAUCUAUCAUAGUGAUCACAGCCCAGCAUGUACCAGCUCAGACUCCUCCUGUAUAAACACAAAUUUUUAGUGUCUGUAUUUAAGCUUCACCAACAUGACCCUCACACUUCUGCUAUUCGAGUUUUUCUUCUUUGUUUGGCCCUGAUUGGUUAUCUGGUGACGCUUUGCUGUGGUAUGCAAAUACAGGCAGCCUGCAGACAAUAUGCAUAACCUGAUAUUACAGAGCGCAGGCUGGGUGGGCAGAGGCUGGUCUGCAAUUACACACAAUAACAGGCUUUCUGCUCGUCUGUAAUGAGGCUGAAAAUUAGUUUGAGAGCUGAAAACUGGAGAUUUGAUAUUAUUUUCUUACACUCUGAAACUGUUGUUGCUGCUCAACUUCUUACAGUCUUUUAAAGAUUUCUGUAGUUGGUAUUCUUCUCUUUUUGCCCGCUCAGUCUUUGUUGUUUGUUUCUUCUCAUGCAAACCACCCACUUCCUCUGCCGUCUUUUCUAAAGAAGUAGAAAUUGCAAAGAGCAGCAUUUCCUGUCAGUUGGAUUAAUUUUCCAGGGAAAUUCUCUCUAACUGUACCGAGGUUUAUUUUAGCAAAUGCCAAAACCGUUCUUUAAAAUCCCCCUAAAACAGUGACUGUUUCUGAAAAAGAGACAUUGUUGGUCAGACUUUAAUGACCCAGAAUAACUUGGUUUAUCUCUUGUGUCCCAGGGCUGUGGAGAGAAGUAAAAGAUGCAGUGAAGAAGAGCUGACUCACCUGAGGUCAAAGGUUAACGCUGAGCAGGACGUGGAGGUGCAGGAUGCAGUCUCAGAGUCAGGAGCAGCCUCUGGCCCUCACCGCUAUGAAGCCGCACUACUCGACCAAUGGGAAAGAAGAGGAGGUGAACACAGGUGAGGCUUAAAAAAAAGCUUUUUAGCUGCGUAUAAAGAAGGAAAAUUUUAGUUUUCUGAUUUUAAUAAUUCCUCUUUAUUCAGGACUGGUCCGGCUGUUUCGCCCAUUCACAGUUUUCCAUAUUAAAGUUUGCUGCAAUGUUUUUUUUCAGAGCUGUUUUCACCUGCAAUUUGAAUUUGUGUGUAAAUGGCUUUGAAAUUAGACGCUUCAGAACAUCCGCCAUUCAAAUCUGACCCAUAGUCCUCUGCUGCGUUACAUCCUCCACUCCCUCUUCCCAGUUUCCAACUCUAUCCGCUGUCCUAGCCGUUAAACAAAAGUAUUAAAACAACAGACAGCAAUCUUACUUUAAAUUCUCUUAAUUCUGUCUGACAUUUUAGCUCGUCGGAGGUUGUUAAAUCUUUAAACGUAAAGGUUAUGGAAUAUAUCCAGUAUAUGUUUUAACUUGAGACACUUUUUAGUGUGAAAACAACCCUUGAACAGACAAGCAAUUCAGCUGUGUUUAGAGCUAUUCUCUAUUUAAUACAACAGCCGGAUAACACACUGUAUACCACAUGUUUGCACACAUUCACUUUGCACGUGCCAAACAGACAGAAACCACAAGACAUUUUGGAAAACUUGGUCAAAAUCUUACAAAAAAUGGAAACCAGCAUCACAAACAACGAUUUCAUUUCAUUUUCAUUUUAUUAUUCUUUUUCAAACAUGUGCGUGCAACAUCAAAAGUAAACUCAAAGCAAAAAAGUAGAAAUAAAAACAAAAUUAAGUUAAAUUUAAUUAAAAGAACUAAUAAUAAUGCAAACCCAACAUGUCCAAAAAAAGGGGUAGGAUGAAAUAUUAUGCUUUUUUUUUUAAACCUACCCCUUCUUCUUUACUCAGUAAUAUCAGUCAGUCUCUUAAAUUAUAUUAACAAAAAAAAAACAAACAUAAAUUGAAUAAAUAAGUACAUUAAUCAUUUGUGAAAACACCAGAUAGUUAUUGCCCUUCUUCCUCCCUGUAUCUGGUGAGAACCAUGUUCAGUGAUGCAAGAGGAGGAUACAAGAACAUUUGAAGAAGUUAUUAUUGAACAUUUGAUGUUUUUCUGUUGUUUGCAGGAAAUCGUUCAGCCUCUUUGGGUCGCCUUACUCUAUCAGUGUUUACUUGAAUUGCGUUGACCUGAACAGUGUUGCAGGCAAAUCUGAGAAGACCUGGUGCGACUUUUGACACAAAAUGUGACAGCUGUUAACACUCAGCUUGUUAACAAGUGUGUGUUUACAGUAUGUGUUCGCACAGUGUUGAGAAGAAGAAGAAUAAAUAAGCAGACGUUACAAUCCAUCGAAACACAAGUCCCCUCUCUUUAGAAGAGACAGCAGGUUCAGUGCUGCAAUCUUUAGUCACUUCAAAUAGACAAAAACAGACACAUUAAACCAACUCUUCUCAGACUCCUGCAGGUAAAACUCACUUUUGGAAGCUGCUCUUGCAUUACUUAAGAACAACCUGCUUCAUCUUCAGAGAGAUUCCUGCCGUGUUUUUGGCAUCACUUUUAUCACACUGACUGACAGUGAUGUUUUAAUUGCUGUUUGUACCCUACAAAAUCAAUCAAAGUCACAGUUACAUGAAAGACAGGUUUGUUUGUUUGUUUGUUUUAGUUGUCGAUGAUUAACGUGUGAUCUUCUCUUGAAUUCAGAGGCCGGUUCCAUGGAAGAGGAGGCGGAGUUUAACUGGGAGGAGUACAUGGAGGAAACGGGGGCCACAGCGGCCCCUCACACCACCUUCAAACAUGUGAGUGACUGUGCAUGAUCUCUGUGAUCCUUUAACUACAGCCUGGUAGAUAAGUAGCAUCUGCAGAAAAUCCUUUAAAGACAUAUUUCAGAAAGCGCUAAUGCUGCUCUCUUUGGCUCUGCUCCUCUAUGACGCACAUGUUGUCAGACAACUUCAGCUGGUUUUAUAAUUGUAAUUGAAGGUGAUGAAUAAAGCAUACAGAAAGUAACAAAGACUACCGAAUGAGAUUACUGCUUUUGAAGGAGGCCUUUGGGAAUGUUUCCACAAAACAAACAGUGAUAGAAAUGUCAACAAUGUGUUUAAUAUUCCAGGUUAUUCAUCUUUUCUGUGUCAGCGCUCUCUCACAGGGCGCGGUGAUGUGGUUGAAUUCAUUAUUAUAACAUCAGCAUUUGCUUACAUAAAAUAACAAGAUCAUCCAGUUGUGCUGCUAGGAUUAAAGGAGUAAUGCCACAUUUUCAAACUAUCAACCUCGCUGUCCUUAUUGUUGGACUAUUGUGUUGGUUGAAGUUACAUCAGCACGACAUCCCCUUAAAGUGAAACUAAAAUGUUUAGAGCCCCCUCUGCUGACCAGCUUAAGUAGAGGUCAUAAACCCCACCUCCUCCAUGUAAACAGAUGGGACAUGAAUCAAACGUAAAAAUCAAAAUACACAGAAAAAAAUGACUCUUUUCUUCAUAGUUAUUUCUUAUGCUGAUUUAUAUCCGAAUAUUCACUUUUCUGAGAAGUUUUGUUUUAAUUUGAUGCUGUGAAAAAGGGGAGGGACUUCAUGAUUGGCAGCUGGAAUGCUGUGAUUUUUAACGUAUAGGAGGGGCAGCGUUAGGAAACACUAACACAAGAGUUAUUCAACUUUUCAUACCUGUGUGUUCAUCCCAAAUCACCUCAAAAAAUUAAAAAUCAAAGUUAUACUUUUAAGAUUAUUAAGCCAUGCUCAAAGGCAUUAAGUUUCCUGGGUUCACCAUCUGAUGUAACGAUUACCGGUUAAAUGAUUAACCGCGGUAAAAUGUCUGACGGCUAGUACUACCAUUUCAAUUUUUAAUUACCGUUAAAACCAUGUUUGAUUGCCACACUCUGGUAAAGCUCACAGACUGCUCACUGCUGAGAAGAGCAGCCGCACACAGCAGUACUUCGUUCGGACACAGGCGUGCCACACGCAUGCGCAUUGCAGAGAUUUUUCCACUGUCAAAAAAAACAAAGUCUGAAGUCUGGGCGUAUUUCGGCUUCUACAAAGGGUUGCGAGGGUUGCCAGGAAGUUUUUGUGCAUCCCAGCAACCAGCACGACAUCUGAGAGGCUAUUCAAUGCCAGCGGGCGCAUCAUUUCCCCUCGCAGAUCACUACUCAAACUAGGAAAGUAAAUAUGCUGACAUUUUUAUAUUUGAAUCUCAAGUAGUGCAUGAAGUCAGCAGUAGCUCCUUAUGGUGGAGAAAACGGACAAUCGGUGUGGUUCAUUUGAUUUGUUUACAUAUUUUAGGUUAUUUUAAACAUUUUUAAUCUUUAUCCAUCUUUAAUUUUUUAAGCUUAGCGUUCCCCUGUUAAGGUUAAGAAAAAGCUCAUUCUGCGUGUUAUUUUGAUUGUUUUUAAAAUACAACUCUGUUAAAUGAUUUCAGGGCGUGUAUAAGAACUUUUUAAACAUUUUGAACAUAUUUCAACAAUACCGUGAUAAUAUUGAUAACUGUGAUAAUUUUGGUCACAAUAAUCGUGAUGUUAAAUUUUCUUAUCGUUACAUCCCUCGUCUGUCCAUUUAUGUCUUUGGAGACAUGUUUAUGAAUUGGGCUCAAAUGGUCAAAGAUAAGAGGCUAGUUUUAUUGUAUCGCCAGAUUGUAACUGGAUUUAUGGCCUGAACUACAAUUCACCAUAAACUGUCUAAUAGGAAUAGAUGAGAGUGUGUUCAGUUUUUACCAUUUCCAUUACUCAAAAAGUCACAGGUUAACUUACCUUUGUUUAAAAACUGAUUUAGUGGCGCUCGUCUUUGUUGCUCACUUUGGUUACUCUAUCGCUCAACUGUGUCUCUGUAAAGAUUAAAAAUUUUAAGGAUAUCUGCAGCAACAUCUGCAUUUUAAGAACUGUAAACUCUUGAGGCUAAAACUGAGAGAGAGAGAGAUGUGGUUAUUUCACUAAUCUGAGUGAUAGGCAGAAGCAUAAAACCACAAAUCCUGCUCAUUUACGGCUCUGAAAAGAUUGUUUGUUUGGUCAUUCAAGGAUUAGCCAAAAAACAUGAUAAAAUCUAAUCAUCACAGCCUGAUUUUGCAAACAGCUAAUUGUCGAGGACUUUAAGUGCCAAAAAAAGUGAUGGAAAUCAGCAGUUUUUCUGCAGAAUCACAAAAAGUCUUUGUUGCCGUCCGCAGAGUGUCAGAUAGUGUUAGCUGAUUCUGAUCUUUAUCUCAGAGUCGGGAAACAGCAUAAACUCCCUGGAAAACUUAGUCAUCAGAUUUAAAAAUAAACUGGCUCGAACUUGUUCAAAGAUAACCAACAUGAUCUCCCUUGUUGCAACAUCGUUCAUGGGAAAACUCUUGAAGAGAGUUUGGAUGUGACUCGAAAGGUUAAGGUACAUUUUUGGCAGUGACUCUCAGCAGGCCGGUUGUGCCGCUCUCUGAUUGGCUGGGACUUGUAUCUGAUACUGAAGUGAAGUGAAGCGUAGCCGGCUGAGUUAUUUUGGACGGACAAUCAUAGUCCAGGUCAGCUGAGAGGUCACCUGAGCCGCAUGUUGCCAUCAGCGACUGAGCGGCCUGUUUAACAUGUCAGACUCACCUGCUUAAUCUCUGCUGCUGCGAGCGGGCGCAGGAACGUCAGAGAGAGAGGGGGGGGGAUAUAAAACUCUGUUUCCUUUGUCUUCAUUUUAAAGAAUCUGGUUGGAUUGAAGUGAUAGCUGCUUUAUUUUAUAACACACACAGGCACAGAGGAGCUGGAUGAGGUGUUUUUCUCAUUAAUUUGACUGAAUCUGCUUUAGUUCUGCCGCUUAAACUCUUUGUUCUUUAUGCUAAUACUACAGCUGUGCUGCCAAAAUGAUGAUGAAUUAUUUCCAAAGCUGAAUCCAAAGUGGAUUAGAUUUAUUUAUUAUGGAUUUUUCUUUUUUACUAAACCCACAGAAAACAUUUUUUUACAUGUAUCGUCCGGGAAAGACAAUACUUAGCCAUGUGGAGGAUAAGAAAAGCAAUAACUGUUGUGUCCGCAGAGGGUACCAAAACUAAGACAAAAUCAAAGUUCCUCACUAGAGCUUUAAUAUAUUUUCUGUUGCUGUUUUUCAUUCAAGGACUAACCUAUAAUUUAAUAUCAAAGUCAGGAGACAUAAAAUGUUAAUGUUAAACUGCUGUUUAAACUAAGAUUCAGGGACAAGAUUCUUGUCUCCGAAGCUUGGUAAAAACACAGAAUGAUGUUAUCUGGUCCUAUAAGUGUCUUCCGACAGAAAGUUUCAUCCUGCUGACUUUUGACAGUCAAAUGUAUGAUUCAAUGAGAGGAUUUGAAGUGACGCAGCAAUUUCUUCAGCUGCUUACUGACACCUGACCCCUCACACUGCUUUGAGUCAUCACCACAAAACUCAUCAACACUGUCACUUUCAACUGAAGAUACUUUUAUAUACAAUAAAAAAAUAUCAAUAUGCAGAGAAAGAAGCUCUUUUUUUCUUGAGAGAAAGAGGAUUUGAAACCAAACACUGCCUUGACAAAGCUCUUUUCAAAGCCACCAAACUCCAUCGGUAAAAACAGUCAUUUUACAUUAUGCUGCACAGGAAUAUCACCACAUCAGUCAGCUUGCUUUUGUGUUUUUUAUCUCACCUUAAUAAUAUUUUGGAUGUCAGCUUAACAUCCAAAACACCACUGACACCAAAUACCACAAGAAAACUACAAAUCAAUGCAGCUGUAUUAAAGCAACUCUGCAAAGUAAAAUUGCUGUUUUUCUCACUGGAGUUUGGUGGCUUUGAGGCAAGCAACACCAACACUUUUUUUGGUUUACUAAACUGGGGUAAUUCCCUUUUCUGAACACUCAACAUUUGGACUCCAAAAUGACUCAACUGUUUGUGAAUUCAUAUUGCAACACCUCUUCCCUGAAAUUUCUUGCAUGCUUUUCGAAAAUUCACAGACUUUCACUCACAUUUUGAUUGUAUCUAAAGCUCUGCCCGUACCUACAACUCUCUGCCUGCGUCAACAUGUUACAUCACAGCACAGGGCCAGAUGGGCGAGCUUGGUUGAUCCUGGAUGUGAGGUCUUUAUCCACCUCAGCUGAUGGAGCAGCUGUCCGCUGGGCUGAGCGCUCAGCCGCAAAUGUGGAGACAUGUCUUAUUUAAGAUUUAAAGAAGUGUGUCAUCCUUUCAGUUUCUUACAUUGCUCGCAGUGUAAUUGUUAAAAUACAUGCAUUUUCCGAUGUCAGACAAACUGCGUGUGGUAGUUUGAGCAGCUGAGGUCUCUUGGGAGGCUAAAUUGCCUUGUUGGUAAGUGGAUUGAGUCACCGGGAAACAGACCAUGAACUCCCCAGAAAAAUGUGAUUCAGUAAAGAGCAGCCCUCAUCUCUGCCUCUCUGUGUGUGCCUGGACAAAUUGAAACAGUGAUUUCUCUUGGGCCUACACACACACACACAGACACACACAGACACACACAGAGUCAGUGUUUGCCUGUAGCUCUCUGUUACGUAAGCUGAACACAGUGAUACAGCACGUUUGCAUUGUUGUAGCAGGAAGUCACAGGGACGUUUGUAUUGUGUUUAUUUCUAAGAUGUUGGCUUUUUCCAUUCACUUGUGAGUGUGUGCGUUUGUGCGACUGUUGAAUGUGAACAUCCUGUUGGGCUUGUAGUGUUCUCAAGAAUUGUAUGGCAGCCUGAGGCUAUUGGUGGAAACGCAUUAUGCUGUGCUGCAUUCACUGUUGUGCAGAUUUAUCGCCUCUCUCUGCAGAAGGAAAGACUGGAGGGCUGUUGUUCAGAGCAGAGGUUUUACUGUGAGGGAGUUUUACUUAACAAGUUUAUUAAUUAAACAUAGUUUAGACCGAGACUGAACAGUUUUUCCAUCACUCCUCUUUUUAUAUUAAAGUUUCUUACAUUUCUGAGUCAAUGAGGAUUUUUUACCAACACUGAAAAGCCAAUUAAAACUAAACUUUCCAGAAUAAUUAACACUUGAACAAACUAACUUUGAUUACAGAAACAUUGUGAAGCUUUUGAUUAUUAGCCGAGGCAGUUUUAUAUUUCUGAUAUGAAAUGUGGAAAUAUGAAAAACAACUCACUGGUGUGUUUACAAGGAUCAUGCAUUACAAUUCAAUAUAUUCUUUACCUUUUAACAGCAUCAGUUUUUACCUGUAUUACAGGCCGUCUCUUUUUAUUGUGAUUGAUCUAAAGUUAACUGUCAGCAUCUCCACUCUGCUGCUCAGAGCUGCACUGUGAGCUCUCUUCCUGACGGCACUAAAUUCAGUCCACUUACAGUAUUUGAAAAGGUAGAUCAAGCAAGAAAGCCCGUUUCACUUUUAUUUCUUAUUUAUUAUGUGCACAGUUCAUGACAGAUGACAAAUUUCAUAGUUUAUGACCUCCUUUCUUUCUGGAGUGAGGAAGUAAGCAAGAAAGGAGGAGCUUUUUCGAAACCUGCCUUGGGCAGUAGCACCAUAAUUCCCUUUAUGGUUUGCCAAACUUGAUAAACUUAAUAAGAAAAUGAUAAAUGGAAAUCCAACUGUGCAAACACUUGUGAGCACCCAGCUCAAAAUUUUUGGUUCUAAGAAUAUUCCAAAAAUGUGGCCAAGAAUGUUGCCGUAAUGUUUGCAGUGGGAAAUUUUCUUGAAGUUCCCAGAAUGUUUCAGGAUAAUGUUCUCUCAAAGUAUUCUAAAAAUGUUUGGUGACAACAUUGUUAGAACAUUAUGCCCUAAUGUUCUUAAAAACAUUCUGAGCAGGAAGUUUUCUUUGAUUUCCCAGAAUGAUCCUGGAUAACAUUCUUGAAAAACAUUCUUAAAAUGUUCUUUUAUCUUUUCAUGAAAACAUUUUCUUAAAACUGUAAACAGACCUUAUAGGGAAUUUUAGCCAAAGUUGUAGGAAUGAUCCCUGCUAGCUUGGCAGUGCCGGCCAGUUUACAGCCACAACAAUCUCUGAAUGACAGCUUAUGGUAGCCCUCUUAGGACACACAGUCCAAGAAUAUUUUUUGCAUUUUUUUUUUCCACCUGAAAUUCUUACAUGGCACAAUUUAUCUACGAAUUUUACUCGUUUUUCUUUCACAUUAUGACUUUACGCAUAUUAAAACAACAAAGUUUAUCAUGUUUAAGGACUAGAUAACUUUUUUUUACUCUAAAAGGGAUAUUCCGACAUAAAUUAAGUUAGGGUCAAACACAUCGUAACACCAAGUUAGACACCUCCUCGAGAGAUGAAUGUUGCCGACUGCUUGCUUCUCUAGUUAUACCAACUUCAGUAACGACUGCAGGAUAGCAUAACACAGUUAGGAGCCAUAAACAAACCUCAACCAAAACACCACUCUAUAGCCACAAAUAAUGCUGAGAACAGCACCUAACUUCAUCAACAGUACAUAUAGGGUCCUAGCCACCAAACAUCUUUUUAACUUUGCAUAAUUUCUUAUGCAAAGAGACUAAACACAACUCACCUACUCUCUUCCAGCAGCCGCUUGUUUGUAGCGAGACCUCAGGCCAGUACAGCGGGGUGACACAGCUCAAGGAAGAACAUUUAUGAUCAUAAAUUAAUUUUACGCCAGAAUAUCCCUUUAACUGAUUUUUACUGAGUUAAAGUCGACAUGUUUUUGGGAAAUUUGGCUCUAGGCUGUUUUGGAAGAAGGGUUGAAGUUUUAUCGCAAGUUAGGGGUAACUAUAAGUUAGAAAAAUAGAAUAAGAACUGGAGGGUGUAAUUAAAAGUCAGUGAACACCUGGCUCACCCAGAUGAAGAUGACAUGAGCUUAAUGGGCGCCUCAUUCGUGGAAAGCUGUUGGAGGAUUUCCCUAACACCUCAGGCAUUAAAAUGGAGUAAGAGCCCCCUUUGCACAGUAAAAGCAUCCACACUUCUUGGAAAGCUUCAUAGACUUUACAGUGAGUCUGUGGGAAUUUGUGCUUAUUGAGCCAAAAGAGCUUUAGUGAGAUUGGUGAUCUAAUUCCUCCCAAAGGUGUUCAGCAGGGUUCAGGUCAGGGUUUUGUGGAGCAGAGGACUUUCUGUGAACUGUUGACACAAAAUGUAAGUGCAGCAAAUCUUUAAAUAUCUUUAUAACCUUUCACUGGACUCUAAAAGGACCAAACCUAACCCUUAAUCAGUUCUGAACCACUAUCCCUUCUGCAGGAGUUUACAACAUGAGCUCUGCUUUCUGGUCUGGCAGUGUCAGAGAGUCACUGAGCUCCGACUGACUCUUAAUCCUUGUUUUGGAUUUUAGCACCUGUUAGCAAUGACUGUGUCUGAAACAGCUGAACUCAGUAAUUGGUGAAAGUUUGCACUAACUUUUGGUUAAAACGUUGGAUCCUAAAGUUCCCACAAUGCAUCUUAUUGUCAGAUGGUGCCCUUAUUUUGUAAGACAGGCUUCCUGCUUUUAAUUCAAAGCUGAAGAUCCCCAGGGACAUUUUCCCAGACUGAAUUAAAAUCCUCCAGAGUUUCAGAUGACAGAAAACAUAAAGAGCAGGCCAAGACAUACUUUCCGCUAGUACUUUUUAACUUUGUAAACAUUUCAGAGCUCCACACUCCACUUUACGUCAAGUAAAUAAAGUACAAGUAGAGUAAAUAAAUGGCAACUAAAUAAAGUCUAUGAGUCCGAAUUAGGGAAGAAUUAAUACCUCAGAUGACUGAAAAAAAAAACCUAAGCCCAGUCAGUUAGACACACUUCUUAUUCAAGUCCUCAGUUGAUAACUAAAAUAUUGACGGAAGGCUUGUUUUAAUAUAGGACAAACCUGAUUGCUAGACUGUACCCACUUUUUAAUAUUAUGUUUGGGCUUUUUAUUUUAAGGAACCCAAUUUAAUUAGGAAAAAAAAUUCACUUUAUGAAUUCAUUUAUUUCUUGUAAAAGUUUGAUGCCUGAUUCCCCCAAAUAAGGCACUAUGUUUUGCAGAAAUGAAGAGAUAAUAUUUGGCAUUAAACCAUUUUGUAUAACCCAUGGUUUCAUGUGUUUUCUACUAAAGAAAAUAGUCAUCUUUCAUCUGCAAAUAAUAUACACUUAAGUGAAUGAAAGCAAACAUCUAUCAUUAAUAAUAUAUGAACAAUAGUGGUCCAAGUACCAAACCCUGUGGCACCCCACAAGUAAUCUUUCAAAGGUGAAUUUAAAUUUUUAACAUGUACGCACUGAUACAACUCUGGUAACAUACCUUAAUCUGUUUCUCAAUAAUACGCUCACACACUCUCCUGAAGACUGACCAUUUGUGGUUUUCAGACGGUCUUUUUGGCCUCCUCAUCUUUGGACAUUAUACUCUGUCGUGUCAUAUUUCUUGGCUGCAUUUUAACCAUUUUUCUGUCUUCACUGAUGGGUAAAAUAGAUAAAUAGGUAAAUAGUAAAAUAAAUCUGCAUGACAGUGAACAUUUACGUCCUGCUCCCUCAUGACAUUACUUAAUGGAUGCAUGCAUUAUCAAAAGAAUCGGUCCAAACAAUGAACCUUGUGGCACUCCAUGACUAACCUCAGUGCAAUUGAGUUUGGAGGCAUAAAAUCCUGUGUAUUUUAUCAAAAAUAUCACCUAGUAGUGGAAAAUCACAGCUAAAACUAUUUUGUUUUUUUUCAGUCAGCUUUUUUCAGCUUUUUCAGUAACACAUUCAUGGUAAUUUUGUACAGGAUUUUUUUUGGCAUUCUUGAUUUGGUUUGACAACUGCUUUGUUAUAAAAGGUGUUAGUUGGGCCUUCUGUGCAUGAUAAAACAAACCAAUGUUUGAAAUCGCCAACAAAUAUUACCAACCCUUUUUUUAUUCAGAGUUUGCGUGAGAAGUAGCACAGCAAGUUAAAUAAGUUUAAGCGGAAUAUCAGACUUCUACUGAGCUUAUGUGAAAGAGAAACCCUGGUUAACCUCUGACCACUUUUGUUUUCCAUGAAGUGAUUAUGUGUGGCACUUUCAUCAGCAAAAAGAGGGGGUUGGUAUAAUUUUAAAAAAGGAUCUUUUUAAAGCUGGUAUGAUGAUGUCUGAUCUGUUGUAGUCUCCCAAGAUCUUCUUCUUCAAUCAAUUUUGCUUUAACUUAAAGAAAGAGCUACAAAACCAUUAAAAAAACAGCAGAAUAUCCCUUUAAAUUUUGCAUUGUGUCUGUCUCAGGUGGAGAUCAGCCUGCAGAGCAGCUUCCAGCCCGGUAUGAAGCUGGAGGUGGCCAACAAAAACAGCCCGGACACGUACUGGGUGGCCACCAUCAUCACCACAUGUGGCCAGCUGCUGCUGCUGCGCUUCAGCGGAUACGGAGACGACCGCAAGGCCGACUUCUGGUGUGAUGUCAUGACCGCCGAGCUGCACCCGGUGGGAUGGUGCACGCAAAACAACAAGACCCUCAUGCCCCCUGAAGGUAGGAUGAAACACUCGGAGACAUGCACUCAAUCUGUUGCUCACACGUGCCAGGGUGAGAUUAAUGUCUGCAGAUAUCAGAGUCAGAUACCAGAGCGGCCUGUCCUGUCUGCAGCAAUUCGAGUGAACAUUUUUCUGUCAGUGGUAAACAAGGGCCAAUCUCAGGAAUGCAAUGAGCGAGGAACUAAACCUACGUUAUGUUUGAAUCAAAUCCUGAACUGCUCCUACAAAAAAAUGAUAAUCUUAAGUUUGAUUGUGCAAAAACUGUGGGGUCAGAGAUUUAGUUUUCUCUCACAAAGGCUCAUUAUUUUAUGGUUUCUGGGGAGUAUAUCAGCUUUAUACUUCCAGUGAAAACUGUUUGAACUCAGGAUUAGAAAAUGCUUACCAAAAAAGGUGAAAAUAAGUUUUCCAAAAACACUGCCAGCUCAAAAAUUGUGGCUGUAGUGUUUUAUUUAUGAAUUCAUAGGACUCUGUCCAGAUUUGCGGCUUAAAUAUUAAUCCUGUCCUCUUUUGUUCUUAAAUUUCUCAAAGUGUGUUCGUCAAAGCAGAAACUUGUUUUAUGUAAAUGUGAGUGUGUGUUAUCUUCUAGCUGAAAAGGACUUGACAUGUAAAAAAAACUUCAAUUUUUACUAGACCUUUAAUGCCUUUUGUAUCAUAUUUUAUAUAUACUUUUGUGAUACUUCUAUCAAAUCAAUAUGAUCAACAAGUUACUAAAAAAACACCUGAAUAUGGUCGGAUAAAUGAUAAAAAUGUCCUUUUGUGGUUUAUCAGUCACCAAAACAUCUAAUGUGUCAAACGAGAUAUAUAAAUAUUUUUGUUAAAUUUUAAGGACAUUUCGAUUUUUUUGGUUUCCAGUAGUAAGUGAAAUAAACAUUUCAGCUCCAAAAAAAUGUGAAUUUUCUGGCCAUAAUUUGUGGUUUUUUAGGGAUUGUAGGGCUAGAAACUGUAGUUUGGACUUCAUGUUUCUUUUCUUGAGAGUUGAAUUUAGAGUUAUUUGGGGAGGGCUUGAACAUGAUUGGUGUCAUAAUUUACCUUUAAUGGCUCUUUCUGAGACAAGUAGUGAGUUGAGGUUUAUAAAAACAGAUCUAGAAUGACAGUGGUGUCAUUAAAGUUGUCAGGGUUUUGUCACAGGAGGCUAAAUCUGAGCCAAAAAUCACCUCCAGACUUCUCAUCUUAUUGCGAACGUUGACCGUGGAAACACCACACACUUAGUUUAAUGUUUUGAUGAACUGUAAGUCUUCAAGGUUAAAAGGAAGAUGGAGAGUUAUUGCAGUGGCCUUGCGUCUGAGUAAUCUUCCAGCAGUGGUUUAAAUUCUGUCUCCACAAAGAUGUAUUAAUAUAAAGUAUUAUUGACCGAUUUGACAAACCGGCAGCAACCAAACCGCAUUUACCACGUGGCGUCUACUCAUAACAUCUGGGCUUUUUAAGAAGUGAUUCCUUUUCUACUUUUACCUUUACUGUUUAUGUAACUUCACUUUUGUUCACAAUGAAGGGGCCCUGUGGAAUGACCUGUGGAAUUUAGCUACUUAAUCAAUCAGGACAAACUUUGCCCGGAAAGUGGAAACUUUUCAAAGGUUAACUUUCCACAUACAGAGAUAUUCUUCAGAAAAGGCUCAAGAAUAUUCUACGAAUUUGUAAUUUUCCUCCUUACUGAGUUACCUGUUGAUUGUAUUAUUUUAGUCCAUUGCCAAGUUAAGAAAGAAUCAGUUUCAUAAGUAAUGCUCAUCAUCGAGUUAUACAUAAUCAAGAUGACGCCAGACAUGAAUGGCUCACUUAGAGAUAAGUGUCGCCAACACUACAUUGGAGAUCAAGAUUAAUGAUCACCUGAAUCUCCUCUUGAUACCUGUUGAUGCGGAUCAAGAAAAUGGCGAACCAUUUCCUCUUUGGCAAGCAGGAAUGAAAUUGCCGAGCCUAAGCCGAACCCAGUCAGAGGCAGUGCUCUGACUGGGUUACUGUAGAUUUACGGAAGUGCUGGUCUGAUUUUAAUGCACACGGACAAACACACUCUCGCUGUGAACCCUAGGUCUUCCCUUUUCAAAGACAGCUUCAUACAAACAGAGUGGAAAGACUGGUUUCCUCUGAAGAGCUUUGAUUUUUGCGGCAGCUCAACCGUCAUUUAUCGUUCUGGCACAUCACACCCACAGCCUCUAAGAGCAUGUCUUGCACCUGAUCUCAACCAUAACACCAAAAAAAGAUCCUUUUAUUCAACUUGCAUCUCCAAUUCUCUCUCAGAAUCACAACUUUUCCUGAACGUGUCGUGGCGUCGGCAUUUCUGCCCACAGCGUUGAGUCUCUGCGCCCUCAGAUAGAUGACUCACCCUCAGCUUCGUUCAGACCAUUUAUUUCCCCGACACUUCCCUGCUGAUGGAUGGCGUGUGGCUCUGUUGUUGCAGAGAUGACCUGGUUACAUUUCCACCUGACUCGGGUGUCUUCACCCGCACAUCAGCAUUUAGUGUCCUUUUCCCCUCUGUCAAUUCCUCUCAGUUUUUUAGGGCAAAUCUAUGAACUCACAUGCAGUUUGAUUCACUUUUAAUUUAGUUUUUUAUUAAAUGACGUGUUGACCUUAAGCUCCAUAGUUCUAUGGAGUAGACUUUUAUGUCAUAGAUAUCUAAAACAAAGCUUUCAGUAUUGAUUCUGUUUAUUAAUGCAUGAGUUACCUUUACUUAUCUCCCAUACAUUGACAAAAAUAGUAACUUUCCCCAAGUGAGAGCUGUCUUACUUGUUAAACUUGUUUUGAGUUUUACACAGAAAACCAGUAAAGCAAUCGGAUUUUGCAUAGUCAGUCAAUAACGGCCAAUAUGGUUGUCAGUUUUUUGUUAAAAAAGACAGACAAAUCUUCAGUUAUGAUCAUGAAGCUGUCUGUAAUCAAAGGUUGCCUCCUCUACUCUACAAAACAAACUAACCUGGUGGUAGAAAACAGUAGAUACACUGAUUAAAGAAGAUUAAUCGUUAAAGUUGAUAUUUCUCUCAUUUUCUGUGGACAUCUUUGUCAAGACGGGCUGUGAGCGGAGCUGCUGCUCGCUUGUUUCUUGAUUUUUGCAUUUUUAAAGUUAGAUUUCAAGCUUCAGUGGUUUAGAAAGUCUCUCCUUGGACCCUCAUUAUCUGUAAAAGUUGCGACUUCUACAAAACAAACAGCUCUGGCGAUUAACCGCUCUGAUCUAAUCAAGGUUUUUCUGAUGAUCCUCAGUGGACAUAAAAGAGGCUGCAAACCGAGCUGCUGCUUUUAGUUAGUCAUGGUCUUUGUUUUCAUCAGAAACAAGGUUUUCUAGGAAGGGUUUAAAUAUCUGCUGAGGUCUUCUCAUAGAUUAAUAAAACAGUGUUACUCGAAUACACUUCAUUGGAUAAUAUACACCAGAACGGGCUGCCAGCUGAGCUGCAGCAAGCUUGUUUGUUCUCAGCUUUUUACGUAAGAGGUUUCCUAAGUUAUGGAUUCUAUAUUUCUUCCAUCAAGUUAUUUGAUCUUCAUCUAAAAAAACAAACAGAUCUGGUGUUUAAAACCAGCGAACACACAGAUUUCAACAAUCAUACUGUCUCAGUGUCCCCCCGCUGCUCCUUGGUAGAUAAUGUUUGUCAAAAGGGGCAGCAAACUGAGCUGCUGCUACCUAUUCGUUCUUACAUUACAUUAUUUCUUUAGUGUCUUUAACCAUAGAGGUUUUUUUAGUGGUUAUUGCCACAUCAUAUUAGAGAGAUUGUGUUCCCAUAAUGCUCUUUAGUGGACAGUGUAUCUCAGGAGGGGCUACAAGCUGAGCUGCUACUUCUAAUUAAAUAAAACAAUAGUGAUGGUUUUGGUGAUGGUUGAAACAGCUCAGCUACUAAAAUCAUCUCUUUUUGUUCAUCUUGUUAAGAUUUCAUUUAAUGCUUUUAAUGUAAUUAUGAUUGACAGCUGACAUGUCUGCAUGUUUAAACUGCAGCUUAAAUUAUGAACUGUGAGAGCAGUCUGCUCUAAUGAGGCUUCUGCAAAUGACUGUCAGUUUAUGAAUCUGAACUUUGUCGGGUAAUUCAGGAUUUUGCGUCAUGUUUUGCACAUUUUGGUUUGAGUGUGUAUGUGUGUGUUGGAACAUGAGAGCAGAGUUGUGUAUUUUUGUGUGCUUACACCUGUUUCAUUUGUUUCCUUUUUGUUUCUCAGAUAACAUUUACCUAAGAAAAGGUAAGCAGCUCUAACAGAGCGUCUGACUAACUCGCCUGCUCACAUGCUCACUUAGUGGCUCACACACUCACCACACACACACACACACACACACACAUGCUCAGAGCUGCAUGCACACUCUGCUUCCUCCUCGUCCCCUUCCUCUUUUCUCCUUUCUGCCGGAAGUGACCUCACAGCUCGGUCUCCAUGCCUUGCCUUGUCAUGCAUGUGACUCCUUUCUAGCUGAGUGUGUCUUAGCAGUGAUAACACACACACACACACACACACACACACAUACACACACACACAGACAAACACACACUCACUCAGGCCAAAACUGUGCUCGUCUGAUAAGUGGAGCAGCAGCUUAGUCAGAAAUGUGAUGCUCUGAUAAACUUCUGUCUGCAACAAACAAACUUUGGACUGUGUCAGAAACAGAAAUCCCCCUUCAGGUCAAAACUUAAAGACAUGAGUGUAGAAAGAGUAUCAAUCACAGAUCAAAUCAAUAUUAGUCACCAGGCUGGCUGGAAACUUUGAACAUACAUGCGCAUUGAACUGUUGUUGUUGCAAUUAGUCAGCAAUGGCUAAAAAAUUUCCAUGUUAGAUAAUGAAAGGUGCCUCGUUAUCUCAGACAAAAAUUAUCUGUGAAGUGUUGAAAGUUAAAGGAAGACAACAAACAUUAGAGACCAAUAUAUCAGUUAGCUAUUUCAAUGUGAUGUGGGCAAACAGGGAGUGUACGUUUUCUGUUUAGAGCAAAAAUGAAUAAUUCAAUACAAAAAAAACCCAAUUUUUUUGAUAAUUCAGAAAUAGUGCCAUCAUACAGUAUGUCUACUCAUGCACAAUUGCAAUACAUUGUGAUACAAUAUAAGAUGCAAAAUGAUACAACACUAUAUGAAAUGACAUACUAAGACAGCUGUGGCAAAUCUUAUAAACAUAUACUAACUUAAUUCAGUCACAGGAGCCCUCUCUUGAUUUAUGUCCCCUUCUAUCAGAAAAAUAAAAAUCAUAAGACCUACAGAUCUGCUGAGCUCUCCAUUUAUCUAACAGCUGAUAGUCUUAACACAAAAAAAAAACCUCAUACAUGUUAAAAUCACUCCCAAGCUUCUACCCACUGAGAACUUUCUGGUCUUAAAGAGGUCUAAUAGACGUCUAAAUGUAGCCGAGACGACUGGUCUAAAAAUGAAAGUUUUUUUUAGACGUCUAAAUUUAGACCAAGUUUAGACCAAGUCUAAAUCUGGGCUAUAUCUAUGCUAUUCUCUAUAUUGGUCAAUGGCAUUUUAAGUACUUGGAGAUCAGUUAUGCAAUUCACAGUUGCUUUUUGGAAUAAAUAGUUAGCGAAUAUUGGGUUAAAGUGCAACGUCUAAAUUCUGUCUAAAAAUAUACAGAAUCUAGACGGUUGAAAUUAAGUCUAAAAAAACUAGAUGUCUUAUAGCUGUCUAUUGCUCAGUGGGUACUACAGUAUCUCUACACAAAGGAGAUGAUAUCCCCACCUGUGCACCCAAAAAUAUUUACAAAGCUUACAUGCAUAUAAUCAAUACAACAGAACUAGUUGUUUCUGUUGAGUUAAAUAUAUUAAAUAAAUGAUAGUCUGACCUUGACCACAUAUUUUACCUUUACUCACUGGAAAAUCAAAACCCAGACCAUGAAAAUUGGCUUUUACAACAACCAUUAAAAAACAGAAGUUGAGAUUCAUAUCGGUAAAGCUUUUAAAACUGAAUAGCUGCUGCGGGACUGUAGUGUCUCUUCAUUUUGCUUCGUUUAUUCCUGUCUGUUUUAAAGUUGCUUCUACGUCUUGAGGAAUGGUGCCAUGGUUUAAAAAAAGACAGUUACGGGCUCAUGAGACUGGACUGUUGAAUUUUUAAUAAAAACUAUCCUUCCAGUAAAAAACAUUUCCAGGGUUACUAGCCUCUCCGAAUUCGAGAGAAUGUGCAAAACCUCUUUUUUAAAUGUCAGUGGGACGAAACAUACUAACAUUUUAAUAUUAACAUAUUAAAACUCACCAGAGCACCCUCUUAUUUCCCUCUUAUUUCCUAAGAGUUCAGUAGUUUUCUCAUUAAUUAGCUUCUUCAUUUGCAAGAAUAGGGUGUGAAUCUAAAGCAUAACUCUUUCGUAAACAAUGUCCCAAGCUGUUAAAAAUGAAAAAAGUCAAAUUGACACAGUUUAACAGCCUAAAAUUUUGAUUUCUUUCCAUCAUCCCUGUAACUACUUUCAGCCCCUCCUUGAAUAGUAACUACAGUCAUAAAAAGCAGAUUAUUUUACUUUAAAAUCUAUAGGUUCAAGAUGGAAAUUGUUUUGCUAAUUUGUUUAUAAAAUCAAAAGAAAAUUGAAAAAUUGAAUUGCAUGUAUUGUAAAGUAUUGUAUAAAUCCUUUUCUCCGACACUGAGGGUUAAAUUUACUCAGGGAGAGCAUAAUUUAAAUUACUGUAUACAUAUUUAUGGUAUUUAGACAGUGUAUGUAUAUAAAGCCUGAGGUCAGGCUCAGGGGGAUGGGCAUGGGUGGGGGGUCUUAUUCAGACAGAGUCGAAUUUCUGCUGUGAAUUCCCACAGUAUCCCGUGUGUGUGUGUGUGUGUGUGUGUGUGUGUGUGUGUGUGUGUGUGUGUGUGUGUGUGUGUGUGUGUGUGUGUGUGUGUGUGUGUGUGUGUGUAUGUGUGUGUGGGAUGCAUUCAGCCAUUCACGUACAGAGCUUUUUAAAGCGACACCACAAGUUUGGUCAUGUGAUGCUAACAGAUCCCUGACAGAGACAAUUUGCAUAAUGAAUUCACCACACUGGUUCCUGCCAGAGCCUGCUGCAGAUGACGGUCCAAGACAGACCUGUCUACUAUCUGUGUGUGUGUGUGUGUGUGUGUGUGUGUGUGUGUGUGUGUGUGUGUUUGUGUGUGUGUGUAUCUUAUGUACUGUACUUGUGAGGACCGAGUCUUGAUAUCAAACAUGUCUUUUGAGGACAUUUUUACAUGUGUUGGCAUUUUGUCAAGUCCUUCCAAAUACAAUGUUCUGAUGAGCAUUAUGAAUAUUUUGUGGUGACAUCGUAACUCCUCACCACUUUCAACAUAUAGAUUUGUAUUAUGCCCUCAUAAAGUACUUACUACAUUAACUCCUGUAGGUGUGUGUGAAUGAUGUUUUGUCCCUGUGUUCUUGAGAGGACCAAACCUUGAACAGCCUUUCUUUUGAGGACGGUCACAAAAACACUCAUAUUUUUUGUUUGUUUGUUGUUUUUUUUGCUUUGACUAUUUUAUUUUGAUUAAAUAAUCAAAGCAACUAAAAUAGUAUGCUGAUUUUAUUCCCUGAAACAAAACGUCAACUACAAAAAGCUUUUUUGUAGAAAUUGAUAUUGAUAUUGAGUGUAAUACAUGUUACAUAGCUGUGCUUCAAAUUCAUGCAGUGCAAUGUACAUGGCCUUCUCCCUUAUGCGCAUUUAAACCUACCUUCUUGAGUGUCUGCUUUGCUUUGCAAGUCCACUAUCAAAAAGUGAACAUCUGCAAAGUUUCAAUGCUUCUGUUGGUGUCAUUUCGUCUUGGUUUCUUCAUGUCCAACUAAAAUUGAGUGCAACAGGAGCAGAGGUUAACAGGAGUUGAACAAGCUCUGAAUUUAUGGUAUAGAGAAAGAUGUAUUUACACAAACUACACCUCUACACACUGGCAGUCACGAUUAGCAUUUGUGCUGAAAGUAGAAGCCAGUAAAUGUGGUAGAUUGUGGUAAUUUGCCAAAAUUAGCACAUUCUCUAAAUUUUGCACUUAUGUUAAGAGGGAUACUUGCCUGAGUUUGAGUGUGUGUUUUUAAAGUGCAGUACCAUUUACUGGGAAAAUGUUUUGUAAGAAUUCAAGAGACAUAAAUCAGGCUUUGGGCUGGGAAAAAAAUCUUGAUUUGUCAUUUUUGGGCUAGGCUGGCAUUACCUAGACACAUGCGGUGCAUAAAUCACAAUUUUUACAGAAAAUGGUUUGGUUGAAAACUGUUGCAAUUUAUCGCUUUAUAAAAGAUAUCACACGUAAUUUUAGUACAAUGGUAUGAAAUCAAAAUUUGCUGCUGGGUGCUCAGGUCUGCACAGAGGGCUUAUAUAAACCUCUUCUUUGUACCAGGAGAGAGUAAAAGCUUAUUUACAGAUUCUUAAAGGUGCAAGCUUCAAACUGCGUGAUAAUCAAGUUUUUGUCUUUUCAUUCGUUUUUUUUAGCAUUUAUUUCAGCUCCACCAAAAGAGAGCAGAUCACCUCUUUAGAAAAAAAAAUUAAAAAUGGCAUUAAAGCAGUGUUUUUUUCAUAGUUGUAAAUCUAUAAUCAAAACUCUUUCAGAUUGAAUCCCUGAAUAGUAAAUCCAUCAGCCCUGAAGUGUUUAUGUUAUUACGCUCUGUCUUUAUUAUGGGGAGAUAAUAGACAUGUUUGCAUUGUCUCGUGGCUGAAUAGGAGACUAUUGUCAUGCAACUGUCGUUGCCAUGUAACCUGAGCUCUGCUUCAUGUCUUCAUUACUGCAGCGGAAACACAGAUAUAAAACCCAAGCAGCACAAACACUAUUCUUUGUCUCCACACGACAUCUCUGUUAGAGAAGAAAACUGACUAAAAAAACUGACUACUUCAGUUUGUUUGUGACACCUGCUGAUGAAAAGUUAAGAUCAACUUUUCUGACAGUUGACUUUGCAUGUUUGGGUUUUUUUCACCAGCUGUCUUCUGCAAUUUCAACACCAAACCUCAAUGUGGACCAGCAGCCAACUAUGAUCACCAAAAUAGGAAUGUUGAUAUGAAUACAAAGCUUUGUUUUUAUUAUCCAGAUAUGCCAAUAACAAUGCAACAAACUGCAUUUGCACGCCCUGGUUUAAACCUCUAAGUAUUAUUAGAAAUGACGCAAAAAAAUUACAUUUGGAGCAGAUUAUAGAUGAACUUUUAAAAGCCUGAAAUGCAAAUAAGCAUAGAGAGCAGCAAUAGUGCAUAUAAACAGUGAUAAGGGAAGUUAGCAUGUUUCUAGGAUACUGGAACAGGUUAUCAAAAUAGAAACACAGAAAACUGAAGCUCUAUUGAACAAACCUCUCCCAGCUGUAACCUCAAAAUUUGCAUAAACUCACAAGUCGAGUGUGUUUUCUACAAUCUGAAACAUAUUCCUCUUUGUUUGGUCGAUAAGGCCUCAUUUCUUCUUAUAGGUUCUUGAUUUGAGGAGGUUGUUUUAUGAAUGGAGAAGGCGAACCGCUCUCAGUCAGUGCUCUCGGUUCCUGCAGGCCUCCUCAUCACUUAUCGCAAACACAUCAAAGAGAUUUCAAUUCAUAUUUACACAAACUGCUCUAAUAUCUCUGCUGCCCUCACCAUUAACCAGGGCUAUAAAAAUGAUAACAUUAUAGCGUCUGCGACUGUUCAGGUGUCACACAACAGCCAAAUGAUGCUAUGUGACAUUUUACAUGCCGCAGUCAUUGUGCUUGUGGCCUAUUUGGAAAGGCAGUCGGUUAAAAUGGAGGUGGGUAAUUGUUUGAAUUGACUUGGCUUCUACCCUCGUGUGCUGUUCGUCUCCAUGCCAGCGCGUAAUGACUGGAUAAGACAGAGGGGGAAUCAGGCCUAAUUUGCCCCCAUUAACUCUGAUUAGAAUCUGUUGGCUAAAAACACACAGGCGAUUCUUCUUCUUUAAUUACAACAUUGAUUAUCCAAAGUAAAGCUUUUAAAUAAGGCUUGUGCACAAAGCUGGGAUUGUUUGGGAGGGGAGAAGGAGCCUGCGCAAUAUGCAAAUGUUAACUUUCAUGUAUGUAAAUUCAUAUUUUUCCAUGCUCGAUGUUUGCUCGCAGGCUUCAGCCAGGUUUUUGUGCAGAGGAGGGGAGAAAAGGGGGGAAAGUGUAGCGGUAGAGGGAGAGGAGGGGGUGUUUUUGAAGAUCUCCUCCCUCAAGGUUAAUUAUGCACUUAUUGUUAUGUGAAAUUCAGGCUUUCACCUCUACGCGUCUGCUGCCUUUGGGAUGGAAAUGAAGAAAAAUGGAUCAUUAUUUAUGUGGAAAAAAAGGAAUACAGUAUAAUGGAAGUGCAAGGGGGUGGGGGAGGGGAAAUAAAAGGUGGAGAGAGAGACAGAGAGAUGGAGAGAGAGAGGGUGAAGUUUGCAUGUUUUUGCUUCAGCUGAGCUCUAAAUGGCCUCCUGACUGAUCUCAGCAGGAUCUGUAAAAAUAGUUUAUCUAUUUCUGCACGGAGGGAUCAACACAGGAGUGUGUGUAUGGCCCGUGAGAGUAUGUGUGUGUGUGCGUGCUUUCAAAGUCCAGCAGCAGUAGCAGCAGCAGCAGUGAGGAAAGAAAACAGUCUCGCAGGAAAAACACUGUUAUUAAACAGGCGAACAGGGAGCGUCGAGGCCACGUUACCUUCACAGGAAAAACAAUUUGAUUUAUUCGCCGGCAAAUUCCUCAGUCGUUGAUUUGAUUCAAGGAGGACCAGAGCCAUGAAAGGAUUUAUUGAUUUGUUCUCUCAUAAGUUAAUUAUGUAUUUAAAACCCCAAGCUGCCUCCGUAGAGCAAACUGUCGGCUGUAUUUACACAAAUCUCUGAUUGAAAAAAGAUUGUAGGAGUCAGAAAGUUUUUGGUCCUUAAAUAAGUAGAAGCUAGAAACAGGACAUUAAAUCACAAAAAUGGGAGACUCAAGAAUGAUUCAGCUGUCUUUUAGAUGCUCUCAUCUGCUGUUGCACGGAUUGCAGGACAAAUUUUUGCUCGAAUUUUCUCUAUCUUAGAUGAUUGAGGUCCAGAGGGUCCUCAGGCCGCUCUCACAUCUGAACCUCUUUAUUUCCUGACAUUUUUGCUACAGACUUUAGACUGAUUCAAUAUGAGCAGUAGGGAUGCACAGUGCUGAUUUUUGCCAGUAUCUGAUACAUUGAUAUCUCAUUUCGACCAAUACUUUCGUCUAUCAAUACAGUUACCAAUAAAGACCCACCUUUUUCAUUGUACAGACACCAAGUUUCUCCUGUAACUGAAUUUACCUGUUAAUCAGUCUAUUCAUUUUAGAAACAGACAUAAAACAAGACAAACAUCUGAUUCGACCAUCAAUUUAUCCUUUCCCAAAUAUAGACAUUCAGUAUUGUGUCUGCGGUCUGUUUGAAACACUUUUCAUUCCUCUAUUUCUCCAGGCACAUAAGCUGUCAUUGCAUGUACAUAUUCAUAUAAGGUCUUUGACCAAUCAGGAUCACGUAUUUAACUCAGUGAGGCAAUUAAUAAUGAUCUAAGGUGGGGCACUCACACCAAGCACAAGUAAAAUGAGUUGUAUUUACUCGCUUCAUUUACGCGUCAACAGUAAUUUCAACGGUGAUCCUUGCCAAUUCAACUGGUGGGAUCAAAUGAUAGACAAAAGUUUUUUACAAUUUAACAGAUAAUCCAUCCUCCUCACUCACUUGCCUCCUUUUUAUUCCCUUUUUCGAUAAUUAAAAGAAAAGGUAUCAUAUAAUUUGGGGCACCCACAGACCAACACUAUCAGUUUAUCCUCCAUUUUAGACACCAGUGAACAACCGUUCAUUUUCAUACAUCACCCGGCAACCUUUGUGUUGAUUAGUUGUCGUGACGCGAAUAUCCACUCAAGUUGAGACAUAUUCAGCUUCCGUCCAAUUCGCGUCAUUCACGCCACCAGAGUAGUAGGAGCGUCUAGUCGCAUCUUUACAUUGACUUAACAUAUAAUUUAUCGCGCGAAUGAUUUUACUCGCGCUUGGUGUAUGGAGACAGUAACAUCAACAUAAAACGCUGUAAUUUUUUUUAUGAAAUAAUGAAGCCUUAUUUUCUACCCACUUCUUUUUUGUCUUGUGCAUACAGUCAAUGUUUUUUUUUGUGCCUGUCAUCAUUAUUGAAAACUUAACGCUUCUCCUUCAACAAUCUUUUAUUUUAUCUAAAAUGUUUCUUGGUUUUACAAGAAGAAUGACAUCAAAUAUAAAUGUUAGUGUAAUCGUGACAGAGCAACGAUUACACUCCUCUUAUUUGUCACUUUUCUUUACACUCUAAUUCAUGAUGGUACAUACUGCAUGAGAAGUGACCGUCCUUUUUACACAGUUUUCCACAAAGCAUUGUGGGUACUGUAAGACCUCUAAAACUCAAGGAAAAAAAAAUAUUUCACCUCCAUUAACUCCUAAAAAGUCUGUUGUAUUACUUGAUGUUAUGUAUGUUUUGGCACCGUUGCUAUGAGGAAUAACACAGACCUCAUUAACAAAUUUAAAAAAUAAUUAGACUAAAUAAUUGUGAUUGAAAAACAAACAUAAUUUCCAUUAGGAGCAGCUGCAUGUGUAUGAGAGAGUAUACACUUUAUUUCACUUUCACUUCAGCUUGACGUUAAUCAUUGCUGCAGGGGAUGCCGGAUCACACGCACGUUGUACUCAUUCUGUUACUGUGACUCAUCUGGCAGCAGAUCACAGACUCUAACAAGUGUCUAUGACUUUAUGGAGGCUUUUCAUGCCUGUGACGAAGAGGAAAAACACGCAGGACAGUGAAGGCCACGCAGCAUCUUUCUGGAAUUCUGAGAAAUGUGCUCUUUACAAAUUUAACGGGAAGGAGAGCGAGGGAGAGAAAGGGGAGGGAUAAACAGGAGGCUGAUAUCAGGAGGAGAAAAAGCAAAUAAAGGGCAAAGACACGCAAGUGCAGGAGUUAUGUAACAGGGAUGCACUGUGGGAAACAGGAAGUAGAUAAAAACCGCAAGUCCCCAUGCAGAUCUGAUGGAAGUUUAGAGAAAUGUCAGAGCGCUGGUCUGACUGGCAUCAGUCUGCAUUUGUGUGUUUUUGUGAAGAGGGUUAAUUAUAAAGACGAAGAAGAAAAACAUGCCAUUACAGCAGCACAAACAGUCUGCACUGGGCUUCAUACUUUUACUGAGGGUCAGACAAAAGUUCAGAUCAGUUUGGAUUACAGUCAUAUUUUAUCAUUAUUUUUAUCCUUAUUACAGAUAUGAGUUGUGUUUAUUUCAUAGACAUCGAUUAAAACAAAGUUUGGUCCUUUGUGUUUCUCUUGCCGAUCAUUAACCAGAUCUCUUUUCAUUUACGCCCCCUCAUAAAUCUUACAUGAGGUUGUACUUAGAAUGAAGUAGGUAAUAAACUGAACGAUUAUAUAAUAAUGAGAAUUUCAGGACAGCUACAGGCCAAAAUGUGGAGUUACUUUUCUUGUCAGUGUUCAUUUAGUAGUCAUGCUUAAACUCGGCCUGUGUUAGCUUUAUGACCAUGUUAGCUGUUUGUGUUAUCAGCGAUGAGCUAGCAACAUCAAGCUAACAGGAAAAUACUGUUUAUGAUUCGUAAUUGUUUCUUCGCAUUUCUUUGUAACCAGGUUUAAAGUCACUGACAUCCAGAAAUCCGGUGCCAACGGAUGUAGUCAGUUUCUCCUCAAAGUGAUGAGUUGCAGCUAAUCAAUCAACCAAUCAAUCAAUCAAUCAUUUAAUCAAUCUUUAUAUAGCGUCAAAUCACAACAGUUGUUACCCCAAGAUGCUUUCCAAAAGAGCAGGUCUAGACCAAACUCAUUAUUUGAUGUAUUACUAAGACAAGUGUUUUUGUUGCCAUGGUUACAGGAUAGUUUGUCUGUAACUGAAAUUUUCUUUUAUGAAGCUUCAAUUUACAAAAGCUGUCUAACACUGAUUUUUUUUUAUUCAGAUUCAUGAUUAAGUGUAAAUUUUUGUGGUUUUCAUGUUUUUAAGAAAAAUUUUAAAGAUUCGGAGGUAGCGGAGAUAUUCCUGCUUUUCUAUCCAAUGCCAAAAUCAUUCCUAUCUAUGUUCUUUAUGUUGGUCUACAUAAAUAUUAAUACAAUAUAGUAGGAGUGGGAGAAAAAAAUCGAUUCACAUAUGUAUUGCAUUUUUUGAUUUACAAUUUUUAAAUCAGUUUUUUUUUUGUUCAAAAAUCUUUUUUUUUUUUUUUCAAAUUUAAGAAUAAAUCUUAAAAACUGACUUAAAUAUGUGUAUUUUGGGGGGAAAUAUGGUUCUUGGAAUAGUCAGUAGACAAUUAUGAACAUUCAACUUUUUCACUGGUGUUAAAAAUGCAGACUUAAAAUCGAGAAAAUCAACAAUAUCAUAGAAUUGUAAUUUAAAUCGAAUCAGCAUCCAAAAAAUCGUAGAAGAAUCGAAUCAUGAGAAAAGCAUAUCGUCCCAGCCCUACAAUAUAGAUGGUUAAGAUUUUCUUUGUAUAUUCAGUCACAGUAUUGCUAAGAAAAGAAAAACCAUUAUCCUGCUUCAUUAUGGCCCACAAACCACCAACUGGUCCAAAAAUGAAAAAAAAAAAACAGAAUAAAUCAGAGCACAGUACCAGGCUUAAUCAGUCAGAUUCAUUAAAAUAAUGAAAAUAACAAACACUGAUAGUUCUGCAUUAAUAGAAACAGAAAGAACAUGAAAUAAUUUAAUGAAAACUAGUGCAUCUUGAAUGAAAAUAGAUGUAGAAAGAAUUUAUGAAUAUACAGUGUAAGAUAAAAUCCCGAGGUUUGUAUUCCAGCCUUUCCUUUUUUGUUCAUUAAACACUAGAAAAAGGCUAAAUCGCAUACUCACUGAGAGGAAACAUCUUGUUAGAGCUACACCCAAGUGCUUUCAGAAAAGAGCGAGUCUGUUUUGUUUCAUAAUGCCUCCUUGAAUCUGACAUUUCCCUUUAUGAUUGUCGCUGCUCUCUUCUCUGCUCUCUAAACUCGACAUUAAAACCUCAUUUGUAGCGGCCCGACCCCGGCCUCAACCGUCAUUUUGAAUUCAUGCACAGUUUACCGCUCACUGAGGAAGUAUAAAGUAACCCGGUGACCUUUUUGAUGUCUGAAAAUCUGAAUGAGACACUUCCCGUUCCCAUCUCUGAUCUCACACCUCUGCACACAAACAGCCACCACAGCUAAACAAAGAGGCAUAAUUUAAAGUUUCUGCUUCAUUUUGCAGCUAUUGUUGGAUACGUUACUGUUUAAAUAGAAUUAUUCACUAAAAUCAAUCAGUUAUUCAUGUGUUCAAGUCUCCAAAAAUAACUGAGUCUUUUCUUUUGCACGUGCAGCCGGAACAGGAUCUGAUUUCAGCUAUUAAUCAGAAUGAAGGACUAAUGUUUGCAGUGUGAAUAGAGCGAUGAACACUGUUGAGGUGUUUGAAAAGGACAAAAACACUGAAUAGUUUAAUCUUUUAUCACCACUUCUGCAUAAAAAACAAUCAAAAUUCAUUGUUAAAAUACUUCACAUCGACAAAUUCAAUUCAAAAAUCUGCAUCUGCCUUUGGAAAAAAAGUGUGAUUUUCUUUGUGUGUUUGUGUUUGACAGUGUACGCAUGCACCUACUCACGCAUGCUGUUCUCUUGUGACCACACUUCAUAAUGCACCGACAAAUAAUUAAUGAUUCACCGGUUGUGUGCUCACUUUUCUCACUUUGAUUCUAAAUGUGUUUCUCAGUCUCUGCUCUUGUGUUCUUCGCUCUUUGCAGCCAUCAAGGAGAAGUACAGCGACUGGACCGAGUUCCUGGUUCAGGACCUGACGGGCUCCAGGACAGCGCCCGCUAAUCUGCUGGAGGGGGUGAGCGGAUUAAAAGAAAAUGCUGACUAUUUCAAAAUUCUGACUCGUUCAAUACAAAUUAAAGUUGAACAAAAAAGCAAGAGGAAGACAAAGAAAAAAGUGACGUUUUGCUCCAAUUGAGCACAGCUGCCUGAAGGAAAUAAAUCAAAAGUCUUUCUACUUGACUGUGUUAAAACCUUUUUGCCCAAGUUUAAAUGAAAAUAUUUCAAAAGGUUCAUGUUUCUUUUUAAUUUAUGAUGACUCCAAAUUUGUUUUACAUGUGAUAUUCUCAUUAUUUGAGGCAAGAUGUCUGACUUUGUAUUUGAACUUUGAAUCAAAUGUUUUUGCCAUUUACUCACAUGAUCUUUUAGCUUAGAUUGCUGUUGUUAAUUUGAUUUUAAGAGAUUAAAAGUGUUUGUACAAACUGCCAGUUUGACAUUUAGCAACAGAUACCAAAUUGGUAUGCAGAGACCUGAAUCACUUUGUGUGUGUAAACUUGGAAAAAGAUUAUAUGAUACAACAUGAUAUAACAUCCCACUGAGCAUUUUUUGGUCUAAAAGAGGUCUAAUAGACAUCUAAAUGUAGCCGAGUCGACUGGUCUAAAAUCAGGCUACCACAGGUCUAAAAAUGAACGUUUUUUUAGACGUUUAAAUUUAGACCAACUUUAGACGAGCCGACUAACAGUGCUAUAUCUAUACUAACACUGUAUAUUGCUCAAUGGCUAACAUAAUUAUUUUGGUUAAGUACUUGGAGAACAGCUAUGCAACUGUUGCUUCUUGAUGUAAAUAGCAAAAAAUGGGUUAAAGUGCAACGUCUAAAUUAUUACAUGAUGAUGCAGUAUGUCAUGAUUUUCCAAUAAUACAAUAGUGUGGUGUGCUACAAUACAAGUCAAUAUGAUACUAUAGAACAUAAUAAAUACAAAGUAAAGUAUAAUACAAACCACUAUGAUAAAAUGGUUUUGAUAUGAUACAACAUGAUACAAUAUAAAAAUACAGUAUAUGAUAUGAUUGUGAUAAGUUAUAAUACAGUACAAUAUUGCAGUGAUUUACUAUACUAUGAUAUCAAUAUGACAGUAUGAAGCAAAGCCGGCCCAAGCCUCAAUGGGGCCCUAAGCAAAAUUUGUUUUUGGGGCCCUAAAUCUGCCAAUAAUAUUGAUUGUUGGUCAUUCACACACCUUCACAAAUCUCUUUGAUUAACAUUCCAUGACAUGCAGACAUACCUGAAGGAUAUGUCCUUUUUUGCGAUACCGUCUUGCCCCACAACUACCUGCUCUUUGGAUGCUCAGUGCACAUUGCACAGCAGGAGGCACAUUACGGUAGUGGAGCUUUGACAUAUCGGCAGUAAGAAUCAUAGGACUGCAUCAGCAGCAGCACUAAAAUGGUUUUACUUUUUUUAAUUUUAUUUUUACAAUAAUAUUUAUUUGAUCAUAUAGAAAGCAUCACUCAUACAUGCAAAAAAUUAUAAAUAUUUAAAAUUCUUUCUUUUUUAUAACUCAUUGUAGGGGCUUAGUUCACUUUUGCCUUUGGCCCGGCUCUGGUACGAAGCACUUUAAAUACAAUUCAACAUGAUACAGUGUGUUAAGUUAUGAUUCAGUACAGUAUAAUAGAUGCACAAUUUGACAUGAUAUGACAGACUUUGACAUAGUUUGAUAAAAUAUGAUACAGUACAGUAUGAUACAACAUGAUAUUAGAUACACUUUGACAAGAUACAAUAAGAAACUUUACCACAGGAUAAAACUUUACAAGUACAGCAAGAUACAACAGGAUACCACACAAUACCGUCUAACACAAUUCAAUGAGAUUUAAGAUAAUACAAGAUACUAUAAAAUGCACUUUAAUACAACAAGAUAUAAGAAGAGAUACGAGAUGGUUUGAUUCACUUACUGCCUCAUCAUGGAAUUGUCUCUUGGACUGAAGAGCUGCACACAGUAGUUAUUAAUAAAUAAAAACCAUUAAACAACAAUGCACAUCUAAAGAGGAAAGCCCAUUACAACAACUGCAAACAACAUACAUUAAACAUUAGUCAUAUUUCACAUGAUACACAACAUGAAUAAAUGAGAAGGAUAAGAUAAUGAAGCUGCUGCAGAAUCCACUUCAUCAGGCUGAAGUAAGACCACAGUGAGGCUCUGAAACCAGGAGGCUGUAUAACUUGGAUUUCCUCUCUUUCUUAACUGUUUAUAUUGUAAACAGCACAAUGAGGUUUGACUCCACCAUAAACAAAGAGAAAAUCUCUGUGUUUGGAUGUUUAAAGAAGUAAAACCUCUCUCCGCCUCUCUGUCAGCCUCUGCGGGGUAAGAACACGGUGGACCUGGUCGUGGAGGACUCGGUCUUAGAGCUCCAGGACGUCUCGGACCCGUUCCUCUACUGGCCGGUUAGAGUCGUUCAGAACGUCGGAGGGAGGCUCCGUCUGCGCUACGCCGGUCUGUCUGAGGAGCAACAGUCUCAGGACACCUGGCUGUUCUACCUGGAUGUGAGGCUCCGCCCACUGGGCUGGGCUCAGGAGAACCAGCUCACGUUAGAACCGCCCACAGGUGAUAAUCUGAUCAGUUUACACCUUCCUAUUAAGCCUCUUUGUUUAUCAACCGCUGUGGGGACAAGGUUUGUUUUUCCCUCAACUUAAUUUCACUGUGUUUGAGAAACUUAAUGAUACUUAAUAAGAGUUUUUAUUUCUUAAACUCUGUUUACACCCUUUAAUUUAAGUGGAAUAUUGGCCCAGUCAGUAUAAACAGUGUUGUACUUUUACAAGCCAGUAGCAGACUUUUCUAAACAAAGAGCAAACCCUCACUCGCUGUGGAGCAGUUAUAUAAACUUUACCUUCAAAACGAGGGCAGCAACUCUACUAUCAAUUAUCUCAUUAUCAAUUGUACUUAUAAAAACUUUUGAUUAUUCUUUGAGUAUUUAACAUGCUUUUUAAGAAAUGAAAAAAAUCAAACACAAAUAUGUAAAUGCAAAAUUACUGCAGAUUAAUUCUCUGUUAAUCCAAGUGUAAUCUCGGUCAAAGAUGCACAACUAUAAAUUAAAAACAGAAAAUAAAAGACUUUCCUUAAAAUGUACUUAAAAUGCCUAAAGUUUCAAAAGACGGAAAACUGCUUCUAAACUUAAAACAUAAAACCUGUUUAUAAAAACUGAUUGCAUCAAUUGUUCAAUUAUUUAAUCAAAUCUAAACUGAAAAAAAGUCAGUAUUUGCUUUAAAGUGACGCCCUAACUUUUAGUUUAAACCUGUUACUAAAUUAAAAGCUCCUGCACUCAUAGGUGAACAUUUUCUCCUCUGUGCUCCUUUUCUCAGCAAAGAUCAUCUGGAGUUUAAAAAAAAAAGUGAAGCUGUGUCAGCACUUAAACUUAAAAUGGAAUUUGACUUUUCUAAAACUUCAGCUUUUUUCAGGAAAUUUUGAGUUUUUCUCGAUGUUUUGACUUUUUUCUUUCAGUGCUCGAGAUAACUUAAAAUAACUUACAAAAUAACUUCCUCUUUUUUUUAAAUGUUCUCAGCCUCGGCUCGAAUACUUUUUCUCAGGAGUGUUUUUGUGAUAUUUAAAAAGAUUGAAGUGGAUCUGAUCAUAUGACAAAGGCUAAUGAAAACUGAGCAUCACCUCUCCUCUCUGCAGGCCUCAGGACUCUGAAGAGCGCCCCCGACUGGCAGCGAGCUUUGGAGGACGCUCAGCUGGACGGACAAAAAAACCCGCUGCCACUAGAGGUGUUCAAGGUGAGCCAGAAGAUUUUACACACAAUACUACCCCGUACAUAAUGAGUGUGUGUGUGUGUGUGUGUGUGUGUGUGUGUGUGUGUGUGUUUUUGUGUGUGUGUGUGUGUGGCCUUGGCACAAAGCCAGGCUGCAGGACUACCUGGAUGAGUGGAGCUGUUUUGUUUCCAUUGUAACCUCUAUUGUCUGCAGCGACACCAGGAUAAUAAAUGUUCAUGUGUAAUUUUACAGCUCUGUAAUGUGAAAUCAUCUGCUGUGAGAAUAAAUCUCAUUUGGCAUUAAUUAGGCCUGAAAAUAAGACCGUCCCUGUAAGAACCUGUCAGUUUGACCAAAAGGAAAUACUCACUAUUGAUAGAAAUGUUAGUUUCCUCGACUUGAUUGUUGAAGGGGAAUGUUUAAGUGAAGACUUUGAGCUUAAUUCAAGGUCACACUGGCAAUUAAACAAACCACAGAAAAACACAGAAUCUGUCUUUAUCAGCAAAAACUCCCUAAUGAGCCUCAUGCAUCUGUAACAACUUUCAAGGUUGAGAUCAGACAGUUUUUGAAAGGGAUGGGCCCGCAAAUGGCAGCUUUAUUCAUACAGCACAUUCGUUCAGUUGUUACAGUUUUUACAUUAAAAGUUGAUCAUCAUUUGUCAGCAGGAUGAGAUUUUCUGUCUAAUGUCAUUGUUAAAGCAUGUAGGGGGCAAGAUAAGCAAAAACAGCUCUGUCCACAGGGGGCGCCAGCUCUGACCCUCAACGAAAGUUCCUCACAGGAGCUUUAAAUAAACCGAAAAAAGCUUUUUUUUUUUUUUUUUUUUAAUAUUUUAAUACUUCAAAAUAAAAGUCACAGUCGCAUCACAAAUAAAUCAGUUUAAGAAGGAAUCUUUAUCUUAAAGUUAACAUAAAUAGGGUCGUGUACACUUUACUCUACCUCAGUGUGUGGCCACCGCAGCAGCACGAAUCAUGUGGGAGGAGAAAACAGACAAAGUCGAGGUACUCCUCUGCACCCAAAACAAGCGUCAGAGUCUUUGGAUUUGGUGUUAGAGAAUCAGAGGCAGGAGAGGACUGUAAGUUUAGAUUAAAUUCGACGUUUCUGUCACACGGCUAAUGACACAUAUUAAAAAUAACUUCGAACAUCAUUAGCAAUAAAAGACAAUGUGUCUUAUCUUUGCCGACUGAUUAUGUAUUUUUAUUUCUUUCAUAAAUAUCAGGCUAAUACUUUUUUGAUAAUUAUAUCGACGUCCCCACUGAUGAAAAGACUCCAGCGAGUAGAACUUAACACCGCUGAAGAAUAAGAAGUAUUUAUAGCGCCGCCCUAAACUUCUUAAAUAACAUAAUGAGAUUAAAGCUAUAAAAUCCCUUCCUCCAAAUCACUGCAAGACCCACAGCUGUGACAGUGAAUCACUGAAGAAGACAAGCUGACACUUUAUCUUGACUCUGAGUUAGAAAAUCAUUAUUUCCUCUUAUAAUCAUGAACAUUUACUCAAACCACACCCACGGGAGGCCUCUCUCAAACAUGAACAAAAACCUUUUUCACACCAGGUAUCAUGUGCUUCUACAAAAAUUCAAAUCAUAAUUAGGAAACAUUAGCAGGAUUUUAUUCACAGAAAUAUGGAUCAAAAAACUUAAAUCCAGACUUCAGCAGCCCAGCUCCUCAGUAACUCCAAACAUGAGUGUAUUAUUUCACCUCCUGCAUUAAAAACCCACCCAGCAGGGUUUUCCUGACCCACAUUGUGUCGCUCGUGUGUGUUUGUGUGCGUGUGUGCGUUGACAAAAAUGGAGCACAUUAGUCUAACAGUUGUGACUUUACUGUGUCAGGACCACGUAGACCUGCCCAAACACUCCUUCAAGGCAGGGAUGAAGCUGGAGAUGGUUUCUCCGUGGGAGCAGCUUCAGAUCUGCCCCGUUUCUGUCACCAAGGUGAGUCACGCUGAAGCAAACGACGGGAACAAUCGCGUCUUAUCUGAGGACGAAAUACCGAGCUGACCGCUCCCUGCAGCAUUCCUCGGCUGCCUCUGCGAUGUGUUGUUGCAUUUUUCAUGUUUUCUAAAGAAAAGGGCAGCACUUUGUUUUUGUGCCAGUAAUGCUGAGUCAGUGCAGAGACAGCUGUUUAUUACUGUAGAGCCUUUUCUUUUCCUCAAUUUACUCAUGUUUCAUGCACAAAAAGUGUCUGAAAUUCUAACUUGUCAUGAGAAAUAAAAUCUAAACUAAAAAGUGUAAAAACUAUAAAUGUUUUCUUUCCAGGUGUACGAUGAGAUCUACUUCCAGGUGACUCUGGACGAUCUCUCUGAGGACACGAAGCCUCGCUCUGUGGUGUGUCACUCUGACUCGCCUGGUAUCUUACCGAUCCAGUGGUGUCUGAAGAACGGCGUCGGUCUGGAGCGACCCCGCGGCUACCAGGGUCCGGACUUUGACUGGGCCGACUACCUGAAGCAGGGCGGGACUGAAGCGGCUCCUGACGCCUGCUUCCCUGAUGUAAGAAACAUUCAUUUAGAGUUUAGAUUUUGACAUUUUUCAUAUAACAUGGUUAAUUUCAAUCUUAUUUUGGUCUUUGUGUUUUAAAAUGAUAAAUGAUAAUAAUAAUAAUAACCUUAUUUGUGUAGCACUUUUAAAAACAGAAGUUUACAAAGUGCUUUGACAUGUAUUCAUAGAGCACAUGGAAAAAGAUAAAAACAAAAAGAUCAGUAAAAAUGGAAUAGAGGCCCAUUUUCAUGUCAUAAGGAACCCAGACAAUACAAGAACCACGCAACAUAAAAUGAGACGAUAAACAUAAAGUAGUUGAGAAAAAAAAUAAAUGCAAUCUAAAUGGGGGUCAAAAGCGGAAACAGAAUAGUAAAUAUAAAAGGCAGUAUCAACAAUGAUGAUAAAAUAAUAACAGGUACAUCGGUUUUGAUGUUUUAGUGAAGAUUUAAAUUUAAUCUAAUUUUUAGAUGAUGAGUUAGCCAUAAUUUUCCCACACUGUUUAUGAUAGUUUCAAAGGAAAGAUAUUUCUGGUUAAAAGAUUUUAGUAGGAAGAAAGUUUCUGAAAAUUUUCAGAAAUUACCCUGUGGGUGAGCUGUAUGUGAACAGAAACAUCUGAGUUUUUUGACUUGGAAUAUUUCAUGCUAGUAUCAUAUCAUACUUUAUUUCAGAUUAUUUCAUAUUUAUUUAUUUUUUUAUCAAACCUUUAUUGAUGGAAAACUAGUCCAUGUAACACUAGCACCAUUUCGAACCUGGAACAGCGGCAUGUAAUAGGAUACAAAUGUUGGUAAAGGUUGCCAGGUGAGAUCUCCUCUCCAUGUAUAGUCAGUAAAGUCAGGUUUCAGACAUGAGAGAAACUGUUGCAUUAGUUCAUCAGCUGAAUUAGUUCUUUGCACUAGCUUGUGCAAUUUGAAGCAUAUUUUUACUUUUUUUUUUAUCAUCUUUCUGCUAUUUUCUCCCCAACUUGAGGAACUCUUGAUCCUCUGAAAGGACCUCCUCACUCCUAAAGUUUUUUUUUUAAAUUAAGAGCUACAGUCCUCUGUGAAUAAAGAUCUAGGGCUCUAUUCUCGUGCCCGCCGGUGAGUCACGAUAAUAGAGCCCCUAGUCUCAACUUUUUUCUGGAAAAUUCUCAGAAAACCUUAAAAUUUUCAGAUUUUUCUUAAAUUUUUCCUCAGUAGAAGAGACACUUCUUGAACUCAAAAUAAAUCUUGAAACAAAGUCAGAAAACUUUGACGAAAUUUCAGUUAGAAUAACGUUAAACUUUACCCUGAUUUAAGGUUACUCCAGGUUAAAUCAUUGUCCAGAAAUUUAAAAUAAAGUCUCUCUUUCUCUCUCAUCAACCCUUCCUCUGUGUGUGUGUGUGUGUGUGUGUGUGUGUGUGUGUGUGUGUGUGUGUGUGUGUGUGUGUGUGUGUGUGUGUGUGUGUGUGUGUGUGUGUGCGCGCGCUCAGACAUGGCAGAACAGAGGCUUUGCCAAGGACAUGUGGCUCGAGGCGGUGAACCCUCACAGGCUGGCGGAGGUGUGUGUGGCUCAGAUCACACAGGUCAGAGGACGCCUGCUGUGGCUCCGACUGGAAGGUACAGAAGUGUGUGUGUGUGUGUGCAUGCAUGUAAAUGUGUGUGUGUAUGUGUAUGUAGGGAGGAUUAAUUGUUGGAGGAUAGCCGGUUGGAGGACUCCUGCUGCGUCUGAAGAGUAACUGUGUGUUUCUGUGUAACUGUGUGUAUAAGCGUGUGUGUGUGUGUGUGACAGUCGUCUUACUCUCUCUCUCUCUCGCUCUCUCUCUCUCUCUCUCUCUCUCUCUCUGUCUGCCUGCCAUCUACCUGUCUCCAGGUGUGCCCAAGCCGCAGUCAGAGUGCAUCGUGGACGUCGAGUCUAUGGACAUCUUCCCUGUCGGCUGGUGUGAGGCAAACGUUUACCCUCUGACCCCUCCACUCAAACCUGUCUGUACGUAAACGCACACACACACGCUCACACACACACUCAUAUUUAGCCCAGAGUGACAGCUGAAUACCGACUCUUUUUUUCUGCAGGUCAGAAGCAGAAGAAGAUCGCGGUGGUGCAGCCAGAGAAACAGUAAGAGACACAUUUAUCUCUCAGACUUUUCUCAGUUUGAUCGAUGUGGAGCUUUUGAAGGUUCACUGGAUAUAAACAGCAGAGGUGUUUAUGGUGAUAUUCAGCCAAGAGCUGCAGGGAAGAAACAUACUGUUGUACAUGAAUCCAGUGUAUGUUCAGUUAUUGAAACAACUCUCGUGUAUGUACUACAGUUGUUAAGUUACAGCUCCUGAGCUUGUUGUUUGGGUGUUAAAUGGCGUUAAGUGAAGCUUUAGCAGAAAUGUAGGCCACAUCAGUCGAUACAUCAGUGUGGGGUAACCAUAUCCACCACCUUUCUCACCUCAGUGCGUUAAAGAAAUUGUUUUCUAUCUUUCUACCUGCGAGCUGAAAAACUCCGUGAACAUUUCUUUAAAGACCCUCAAGGCUUUCCUUCCCUCUCUCUCUCUCUCUCUCUCUCUCUCUCUCCUUCUGUCACUCUAAAGACAUUAAUUGAAACAGUGGCUUUUUAGAGCAGAAAUUGCUUUCCGGGGGCGCUGAUUGAUUUUGUUGACAAAUGACACGUUACACCGUCGGCUGGCGAACGCAGCCGCGGGAAAAACGGUCACGGAGCGGGAGAAAAAUGAGGUGUUCGGCUGCACUUUGUCAGCUCUCUCAUCUUAGCGCUAACUCCAUUUCUCACCUUCAGGGGGAAUCCUUUUAUCAAUAAGUUGCCCUUUCCAUCGCUGCCGCCUCCGAGCUCACGUGCCUCUAAAUCUGACACAAAGUGUAGUCGCUGUGGAGGAGAUUGAUCGUUUAAAUGAGCGAUUGUUUGGUUGCUCUGUUGUUUCCUGCCUGAUUACAUCAGUGGGGAUAAUUUCAUUGAUUGCUUUGACGCUUUAUUGAUUGCCUUUUUCCUGCAGGUUGGUUCCGUCCCAGCCGGUGGAGACGGCUCCUGUCAGCCUCUGCCAGCCCGUCACCGCAGAUCCAGGUAAUCAAGAGGCGCAUUACACAUGAUUUAUCCGCAGUAAUUAAUGCUAAUGAGCUGCUGUGAUGACAGUGAAGAGAAAACCUGCUCUGUAGAUACUCCUUCACUCAGAAACCUCACACUUCCUCAUGCCCAGGAUUUAGUUUGUGUAUUCAGUUUCUCCACUCAUCUUUAUUAUUGGUAGAAAGAUAAUUUUUUAUGACGCGCUCUGGAAAAAGUUGAAAGUUCUAGAAAACUUUUUACGGGAGUCUCAGUUUCACUGUAAACAUUAAAUGACACAGAGGCUUCUCACUGGCUCACUUCAGCAGCAUUUUCUCUUAUUUAAUUGCAAUUAGUCAGUCCUAAGUUUGCUUAAUGAUGCAGAUUAGAAAAGGGUUAAAAGUCAAGCUUUGUAGAAGAAGUAAACAACUCUUAAAAUGCCUGUUUGUUGAACAGAUGUCAUUCUGAUGUGCUUCAGGUAACUCUGAUUGACGCUUGGGCCAAAACAUCGGCAAGUUUGUCGUUCAAGUUAAAAUUUUGUGAGUUGGAUUGUUAGCAGUACUUGUUAACAAUACUACAGUACUUCCAUGCAGAUGAAAUAAGAUAUUCCUUAAUUGGUCCCACAGGUGGAAAUUCCAAAUCAGUUUUGUCAGAUAUCAACAGUGGGCCAAAUACUUCAGGAGGACAAAAAAAUAAUUUAUAAAACACAAAUUGUUUUACAAAGCACAAAAGUAUUUCACAAUGCCACAAAAUACAUUUUAGAAAAUACAAAUUCAAAAAACAAAAAACCUUUUGGAAAAUAUAUUUUUUAAACCCUUCAAAUAUUUUUUAAACUCAAAUACAGUUUUUUUUAUUAAUUAAUUUAUAUUUUUUAGUAAAUUUUUGAGGCCAUUUUUGGUCCCCAUACAUGGGGCAUGCUAACCUGCCCGGCCGUCUACAUGCCCCAAAACUCAAAUACAUCUGUGAGUUUAUGUGAAACUUUUCUUUGUUUUCUGGUCUUUAUAAAAACUUCAUUUACUGACCAUUUUUUGUGUUGUAUGAAAUCAUUAUUAAUUUCCUCCCUGAAAUACUUGUGCCAAGGACCGCAAAUGACUACUAAAGAGAGCAGGGAUGUUGUUUCUGCUGCUACUGUCUUUGCGUGUCGUUUUUCCUGCAAAACCUGAAGCUAAGAAAUCCCUCACUUGUCACAUUAGAACCACUUGACUUUAAUAACAAUCUAAAAAUUCGACAAUAGUUUAAUAGGAAUAGCAGAAGGACACUAUUUCCGCAGGUAUUGCUCAGAUUAUGCUGGUUAAUACUGGUACUGUUUGAUUUUUAGUCUUGUUUUGAGAGUGAGUGCGUAACUAAGUUAAAACCUCCGGAACAUAAUGAUUGAUGGAGAUUUUAACGUUUUCAUGAGCAGCUGACAAAUUAGGAAUAAAGAAGGCCCUUGAAUAUUUAGUGUUGAAGGACUUCAGUGUUUUUUGUGUGUGUUAUCCUCAUGUAGCUGAUGUUAGUGAUAAUCUCAGUGGAGUAAAAGUUAAACAAGCUGCCAAUUCCUGUUUGUGAACUCAGUUUAUUUGAAAAGAUGUUUAAAAAAAACACAAACAGAGGCUCAAUCCCCCUUCCAGAUUUGAUCACAUGUACAACAUUCAACAAAAAUAUACACACGUUUUUUUUUUUACUUGUAUGUUGCUACAAAAGGAAACCCUGGUCUAUCUGUGCUGCAGUGAAGAGCAGGAACAUUUUUCUGUUAUCAGAUUUGUUUCUGCACAGAAGCUGCUGCUGUCUUUAUUUGGCCAGUGUUCAGCUGGAGGAAGAAAAAUACACCCACAGUCAACAACAAGCAGCACAAAUGCAGCCUCUUUUUCAAACAGUGAUUAAAAAGUUGAUGAAGUGUUUGUGUUUUACAACUUGAAAUACACUUUUGUUGUUUUCCAGGGUCCGUGGGAGUCUGUAAACUAUGUAAAAGUGCAGAUUUACAACUGUGCACUAAUGACAAAGAGAAAGAGAAAGCCAAAGAGAAAAAAGAUAAUAACACAGGCUUGAAGUAAGAUUUUUAUGUGGGGCCAAAAUAACAAAUAGUCGUCUUAAUAAAAUAGACAAAAGAGAAAAUGUCCAAAUAAAAAGAUAAAGCCGUAAUUUUAUGGUAAGGUUCAAAAUUAUGAGGAAAAAAUUAUAAGACAAAAGUCUGAAUUUUCAGAUAAAUGUUUUAAUGUAUUACAAGGAAUCAUAACUAUGAGAGGAAAAAUAUUUAACUGUUCAGAUUGGAAAUCAAAAAUUUGAGACAAAAAAUCUAUACAAGAGAAAAAAGUCUAAAUUUUGUAUUGUAAGAAAAAAUUCUGAAAUAUUUUUAAAAAACAGUUUUCCAGUAAAAGUUGAAAAUAUAAGAUAGAAAGUCAUGAAUAUGAGAUCAAAAAUUAAAUUAUGAGAUAAAAAAAUCUAGCUAUAAGACAUUUAGUAAAUAUUGCUAGACAAAAUGUCCGUAUUAUGAGAUAAAAAUAUGGGAUCUUUAGAAAUCAAGAUAAAGACGGUAGUUUUAUUUGAGUGAUUGAUAAAUAAUGAGACCUGAAGUUAGGACUUACUUUAAUGCCAUGAAAGUAACGUUGACGUUCUAGAACAGAUUUUUAACUUUUUUCUUGAAAAAAUGACUUUUGUGUCAUUAAAUCUACCUACUUCAAAUUUUAACUUUAUUUUCUUAUCAAAAAACACAGUGUCAUAUUUUGGGAUUUUCAUCUUAUAAUUUUGAAUUUUGGUCAAACUUUCAGGAUUUUUCAUUUUAUUCAAAAAUUAUGACUCUUUAUAUCACAAUAAUGACUUACUGCUUUGGUACUUGGUACUUUAAUGACUUAUCUCAAUAAUUUCUCAAAGUCUCAAUAUCUCAUACCUUUAACUUUUAUCCCAUAAUUAAGAUUUUUUUUUUGUUUUUAAUGAUGAGUUUAUGUCACUUUUGCCCUCUUAAUCCAAUCCCUUUCGCUUGUCAUCUCAUGAAUUAUGCUUUUAUCUUUUUUUAUUAUCAGUUGAUGAUUUUAGUAUUGAAUCAUAAUCUCAUACUUUGGCCUCUUAUCUUGUAGUUAUAACUUUUUUUAAACCAAUGAACCCACAAAGGGGAUCUUUUUUUCCAUCUUGGCGAGAAGAAGCUUGUUUCAGGGUUGAUUUCAGGUCAAAAGUCAUGUGUGAACCAUUAAUGUUGAAUAGAAAUGAACGAAUGAAUGGGAGUGUUGACAUUUCGGCACCUGCAAUUGAGUCGACCAUAAGCAAGUAAUUUAUCGUGUUUUUAUAGUUCCCCAAAUGAAUGAAAAGAUAAAUCCUCUCCUAAUACACGCUUAAGACCAGGUUGACCUGUUUUUUAACUUUCCUUUUCAUGUGUAAGAGUGAACCCUGGCACUGUAACCUUGUAUUUCAGUAACAGUAAAAGAGCUUUAGAAGCCAGAAUUCGGACAUACAGUAGGUCCUGAUUAUCAUGACAAUAGUAAAUAGAGCAGCUGUGAGCUUAAGCAGAUUUAGGUGUGUGUCUGGAUGCCAAAGAGAGCUCGGCAGAAUCAUUUGAAAGCGUGUUUCCGGUGCAUUUGUAUGUAAACAACAUGUAAGAUCCAAACACAAAGAGAGCAGUAGGUUAAGGUCUGUUUGUAGGAGACCCUUUGCCCUUUUUUUCCAAGUUCCCACUUUAAAAUCCUCCCACUCGCUCAUGCAUAUUCAUCAGCUCAUAUAAUUACUGUUCACCCUGCGCUCUGCAGCUCCAGGUGCUCGUGGUAUUCUGGGGCUGCAGGGAGGGCGGAGUGCAACAUGGUAAGGUUGACCCUUCUUUAUCUGUGAGGGGGGGAGUCAUACUAAGAGGGCGUCUGGUUUGACUCUGUUUCACCUCUGUGCUGGAAUGUCUAAGGUCACAUACUGAUGAUAUACAAGAAUUUUAUAGAGGAACAAUACUAUAUUUGCUUUUAAAUGUUAAAGAAAAGCCGAACUGAGCACAGAAUUUUCAGCUGAAGUACUACAGUUUGAGAUAUUUAAAAUGAAACUACAAAUCCUUAAACUCAAAUCUGCUGCAGUUUGAAGUAUGGAGAUGAUGUGACAUCUGCAUCACACGCAUUUAAGCAACUUAGAGCCUCUUAAUCCUCUUAAAAACACAAUAAAUGGUCCUUUUUCGUUGACUAAAGCAUGUCUGUCUGACUGAAUAAUCUCGAUCUUUAAACAGUAAAGUGUUCUACUAAUUAAAGGGACCAAUUCUUGUCUUCACUUGCAGAGCUUUAGCUUCAUUUCACCACCAAUUUUCACCACAUCCGGAACAGCUCCAAUCCGGAACAGCCGCGAUUUUCACCGUCCGCCAAUUCCUACCUAUUUGUUGGUGAGGCGAAUUUUGUGCCGGAUUACAAACAGCGGUAAUUGCGAGAACUCACACGAACCCACGGAUUCACAUGCAAUUGCGUGAUAACUAGUUGUCUCUGGCGAGUUUGUGCGAGUUGUCUCUAUAAAGACAGCCACAGAGGCUGACCAUAAAAGCAGUAGAUUGUGUCCUUCCAGAGGAGAAAAUCCACCUCUAGACUUCGAAAAUCAGCAUCUCCUCAUCCACGGUGUCGUCAGGGUGAAAUGCUGUCCAAAAGCCUUUCACUUUUUCGCCUCUGCCCAUUUGCAUGGUGUAAAAUUGCACCAAUUUUACACCAUGCAUUUUGAAAAGAAGCCAGAUGUUUUAUUUUGUGUCUGUGCCCGACUUCCUUUCCAGCACGGGUUAAUCUGUGCGGAAUUUAUCCGGCAUGCUCAGGUGUCUAGAAAAAAUAGAACUCUUGCGAUCAGCUGCGGAGUCCGGCGAUCUGCAGUGGAACCGAAAAAAGCCGGUGGAAAUUGACACGUUAACUUGAUCAGCUGCAAUCAGUGGAUACAGCCUUUUCGUAGCCGUUCCGGAUGCGGUGGAAAUUGGAUGUUAGUGUUAAAACCCACUAAAUUAAGCCCUUAGUUUUCACGUGCAAUAAAAUACUUUCACAUUCCAUCAUAAAAAGUUUAAUUUGAGCUCUUUUACCACAUACAUUUUAUCACAGGCUGCAGAUUUAACAAAUCAUUCAGUCUUUUCAAGCUUUUCCGUAACAGCAUUUAUAACAUCGAGACUUGGGCUGGAGUUUUAUUAUGAUUCAGAACAAUGUCUAUGACUCUUUUAGCCCAGCAGUCAUUAGAGCAUGUUUCACUGUCUCUCUCUCUAAUGGUCGAGCUCAUUCUGUCCCUUGGCUUUUCAGACACGCAGAAACACGCCAGCCUCCUCCUGCUCCCCUCCCUGCUCUCCUCUCUCCACCUGUUGACCCUGUUGUCGAUUAUUUCACAAUGCUGUUAACCGGCCUGAUAACUUGGUCUAUGUCAACAUAUAAUAAAGGGGAAAAUGUUUGAACAGUUUUGUCGCUUGAUAAAAGACGCCUUAAUUAAUUUGAUUUAUUUUCUUGGAGAGUGAGGUCAGUCUGUGUUUUGAGUGAAGUUUGGUUUUAUUACUGAAGCUUAGGACUUAUCAAACAUACCGGUGAUCACAUGUUUGAGCUGAGACUAAACCUGUGGUCCAAAGAGCCAAAAAAGAAGAUUGAUUUAACUUCGUUGGAGCUCAAAUCCUGCAAACCGUGCCUCAUGUUAAUGUGCCGUUUUAUUCAAACAGCACAAUAGAGGAAUGAUUCAUUCCCCAAAAAUAGACUUUGGCUGAUAUUUUGCAUAAAUUUCUCAUUCCUUUGUUUGUAUCUUUUUUGUAUUUAAUUGAACUACAUGUCAGAAAAGACAAAACAUUUUAAGACUUGGGAGGAAAAUUUAGUGACUAACUUUAGUGAUAAGAAAUGUGCCAGAGGGGUGGAGAGCUCCCAAAAGGCUCACUGAACGGCCGUCCAAAUGAUUGAAUAUGUUUGUAAAGUGAGAAAUCAAUCAAAUGUUCCUAAAGUGUGAUAUUUUUCAUGUUUUAAAACAGUGAUUACUGGCUUCAGAAGUGUUAACAUGUCUCCUCUCUGCUCUCUCUAGGCUCUGCUAACAGAUACUGCUGCUCCAAGAUCUUUGUGAACCACCGCUGCUUCUCAGGACCGUACCUCAACAAGGGCCGCAUCGCAGAGCUGCCGCAGGCCGUCGGCCCCGGAAAAUGCACGCUGGUCCUCAAAGAGGUGAGCAGAUGUGGGAGAGACGGCGAGGAGCAGGUUUAAUCAAAGAGUUACUCGCUUUCAAAGGGAGAGGAGGGGCGACAGAGAUUGAAGGAGGGAGGAGGUGAAAGAUGGAGGGGGAGACAGCGAUGUCUUGUUAACCACCUGCAGUUUCCCAGCAGAGCCUUCGUUCUAAUGUGAGGAGCUGUCAGUCAAGUGUGUUUACACACACAUCGCCACCACCGCUCAGCAAAACAGCCUCUUAAUUUCUCCAGAGACUGAGCGUGCACACGUACGCGCACUUUCUUUAUGAGCAUGUCCACAGUUUGUUAAAGACGAUCUGUGUUCGACAAAGAAUCGGAGAAAAAUGCUCCGACAGGAAGGGACAAAUCUGAAAGUUAUUUAGCUGAACUUUGAGUUUACUUAUUCAUUGUUUUAAUCUGAGCUCUGAUUUCGCCUCCAGCUGCUGAGCAUGCUGAUUAACGCCGCCUACAAGCCCGGACGAGUCCUGAAGGAGCUGCAGGAGCUGGAGGAUCAGAGCUGGGACUGCCAGGAGGAGACCCUGAAAGCCAAGUGAGGAAACCAGAAUAGAAAGACGAGACGGAGGGAAAAUGGAUUUCACUCAGUAUCGAGUUUGAAAGUUACACACUGCAGUAGCUUCAUAGCUUUAAUUUACUCCUUUUUCUGAUGUUUUAUGGAAAAUUAAGUAUAAUUACACCUAAAACAAGUUAAAAAUGCAAAUCUCAUGUCAGCUUAAGUGUCUGUAUUUGUUUAGAAAAAUCUGUCAUCUCUAAUAAGAAACCCAGACAAUACCCACCAAACAUAACGUCGAAGAGACGUGCAGAUCAAGUCAGUAUUGGGUCGGUUCGUCAAAGACCACAUCUAGACAUCUGGAUGAAAUUUCAGCGUCUAAAUUGGACCUUUUUUAGACGUCGCUCUGACGUUCAGAAUUCAGACGUCAUCUGAAGACCAAAUCUAGACGUCGGCACAACGCACAAAAUGGAUCCAAGAUUUAGACGUCAUUAUUGGACCUCUUUUAGGCGUUGAAAUGACGUCCACAUUUGUACCUCAUCUUCCAAAAAAUACGUUCAAUAGAUGUCAUUCAGACGUCGUAUUAUGCAGUGGGUAAGGGCCUGUGUCCACCCGUGGCAGUAAAAUCAGUGUAGAUCAGCAUUAAAUGCUGCAUGAUUUUUGUAUGUACACUCACGGCUCUCUUUGUUUAUUACAGUUCUUUUUUUGUCUAUCUCAGUGCCCUGCAAUAGCAAUUUUUAUUUUUAUCAAUGACCAAUCAAAAUCAAGAGGGGGCGGGACUUCGGAUGCCUUCAGCUUUAGAGGAAGAACUGUGAACCAUAUUAUUUUUUCUAAGAAAAUUUCUGCUAAAUAUUGCUAAAACACAAUUUCUCUCUGUUGUUUUUACUUUUUCUACAUAAAAAUUAUUGGUAUAAGAAUAUCUGGUACAAGAGUAUAAAGUUAAAAACAUGUCAAUCCCUGCUAUUUACAUUAUGUGUGCAAGAAAUGCAAAUGUAGGAUAUUUUACUGUGAGUAGACAUAAUUUACAGUACAUGUGAAAGAAUAAAUCAGCAGUAAUUACAGAGUGUGUAAUGCAUAAGUAAAAACCUAUACUAUAAUUUAGUUCUAUAUCUUUUUGGGGUAUUUUAUUCCCAGUGGUUUAACGCCCAGUCUCCAGCCUCUCAUAAGAGCCUCUCUGUCCCUGCGAGAACAUUUUGCAGCCCCUCCAUUGAAUUUUUGAUGUGACUUUUUUGUUGCUGCAGAGGUUUAUUUGAGGCCCACAUUUUUUUUUUUUUCACUGCCAGUUGCACGCAGAGACCAAAUUAUUCCACAGCUCCAGGCUGCAUGCUCGGUGUUUCCUCAUCAAAAACUGCUCCAUUUUUCUGGCUGCAGCGAGGAAGAAUCAGCCAGUCAGGGGUUGUAGUGAGUCACCUGCGCUGCACAGUGAUCACAUUCAUGCAUGAAUGUUUGGAGAACUUAACAAAGGACUUACUCUUCAUUUACUGCUGCAUUUACUGCCUGCAGAGCCAAGUCAUGUCUGACUCUGUGAGGAGAAGCUUCAGUUUAGUUCAAUCUACUAAAACAGAAGCUGAAAUUUCUUACAGUAGACGCUUAAAAAUGAUAAAAUAGACUCAUAAUAGAAUCCAAGUCAGGUUUGGGUCCAGGAACAUACCAGACUCUGAAUCUUUCUCGUGGGAUGGCAGCUUGUUUGGAGGAUUUGACAACUUGUUCCUUUUUUAUUUAAUUUGGCAGCAAACCAAACGUCUAUAUCAGCCAACAAGAGUCGAAAAAGAAAUGCCUCUCUGAGUUUACCCAAAGGCUUGAUUUCCAGAUGAAUAAUCACAUAUUUCAAGUUGAAUAAUUUGUGAUAAGCUGUGUUAACAUGGAGCACUGAAAGUCAGAGUAUUACCUUAAAUAUCCAGAAUAAUAAUGCUUCAUUUAAACACUUUAUAUGGAGGAGACUGAUCUAGUCAGGCCCACAGACGUUUCUUUACAGUCAAAAGGAGUAGUUUUUUCUGCUUGUUAUUCAGACAGAACAGGAUUGUUUCUUGCGUCUUGAGGUAAAAUUGUUCUUACUGUCAGCCUCACAGCCUCCACAUGUGACCAAGUUUCCCCUUUACUAUCGCCAGAACAGAAACACUCCAAAAACGCAACAUUAAAUGAGUCAUUUUGUUUUAUUUCUAGUCAAGAUAAAACCUGAAUUUCUUGUAAUCCAGGUCAUCAUAGUAAAAAGUUAACAGUUACAUUACUUGGACUGGUUCUUGCUCUGGAUGACGGAGGUCUUUGCUGCUGCUCUUACUGCCACAGGUUUUGCAUACCACAUAGGCACAGAUCUCAAAGCUGAGUCAUACCAAAUAUGAUUCAUGAGUGCAAAUAAAAAGUCUGUUUGAUGAAAGUGUUCCUGACUUGAUUAUACAUAAUUCAGGUGUCAUUUUUUUGACUGUAGUGUUUUGAAUAUGACGUUAAUGUGGCUCAUAUUCAGUCUAAAGAGACAUUUUUAAUGAAAUAAAGAAGAACUCAGGCUUAGUUUUGAGUUUAUGGGAUGAAGAGAAUAGGGCUGGACGAUAUGGCCUCAAAUCAAUAUCACGAUACAUUGAGCAGUUCAUCUCGAUAACGAAUAAUAGACGAUAACUACUCCACAAGCUGCUCACCCCCUCCCACAUUAACUUCGUCUACUUCAGCCGCUACAACUUUUAAACCGUCCUCCAUCUCCUCACUUGUCUUUCCCUCUUUAUUACGGACUGGAUGGGGUGGAGUCACGUCUCUGAUGUAGGACAGCGUCGUAAAGGGACAUGAGACCAUAGCCUACCUACACACAUCAAAAAAACAACUUUUAUUUAUUUAUUUUUUUGACACAGAAUAUAUUGACAUGGACAAAAUAACGUUGGUUAUUGUCGUAACUUUUGGUAUCAGUAAAUUGUCGGUUUAUUGCCCCCUAGCAAAGACAUUUUGCAGAUACAACAUUUUGAAGAAGACUUCUAAAGAAUUUGAGGAUGUUGAAGAUCUUGAUGGUUAAAGAAUAUUAACAGUACUGAAAUCUAAAGUCACAACUGUGGGAAAAGUAUAAGAGAAAAUCUGGUGCAAGGAGAGAGAAAACCCUAAAGAGUCAUAUUAAGACACGCAGCCUCAACUUAGCUUGUUACACGUCGUUUAUAAUGACGCAGCCGGAGCGUGGUUUAUCACCAUUGGAAAAGACAAACAGCAGUGCGACUUCAGGCUCGUUUUAUUCAGAAUAGAUGUUUGCUGCAUGCACAAGAAAGUCUUAAUCGGAUCACUUUACAGAAGAAAAAGUGCACAUGUAACCACAGCGAGAGAAACAAGCUCAGCCAAUGCGAGGGCGACUUAGCCUUGGGCUUUAAGGCUUUUGCAAAGAGAGUAAAAGUAUCCUGUUUUUUAAAGUAAGACUUUAAACGCAAGGUUUGUUUAUUUUUUUGUUUGUUUUAUUUAAAAGAGAGAGAGAAGAAGAGACCUCUGGGAUUAAGGACGUCUCAUAGGACGAAAAACUAAAACAUCUUUUCAUGUUAAAUCGUAACUUGUAAUAUGUUGAAAUGGGAGCUUUCCUCCUGGGUGUGUUGUUUCCCUUUGGUGUUUCAAAAAAAAAGUCUGGAAAAACAAACAAAAACAUGUCUUUAACACUGAGGAGGACGAGGCUGAGAUUUAUUUCGAGUCUGUUUGAAUAUUUAUGACUCCACUACGGCUCAGCUGGAGGUUCGAUUUGAGAAAAUCCACAUGGGACAGCAGGUCAGAGCUGUCCUUGAGUGUUACUGACGGAUCUUCUCUCCAUACCUUUAACAUUAAACGGAGGAUUGCAGAUUUGACCCUCAGCCCACUUCACCUUCACUCACUGGAUGAUGUGAAUUCCCUCCAGCUCUCCUAAAACUGCCCAUUUCACACCGUUACUCUGCAGGCAAUCACCGUUCACCAUGGAGCGCUGUGAUGGAUUAUGGAUACUUCAAUUAUGCAUCGAUCUCAUAAUAAUAAAAGUGCGAGACAAUGUCAUGACACCCCCCCCUCCUGCUCUCUUCUUUCUCGUUUCUUUCAGAUAUAAAGGGAAAACUUAUCGCUCCACCAUCCGGAUCGUCCGCCUCGCAGACCAGAUCCCAGACUUCUGCCGCAAGGUGUGUCUGAAGCUGCAGUGCUGCCCCAACCUCUUCAGCCCCGUCCUCGUCACCGACAAGUGCCCGGAGAACUGCUCCAUCCAGACCAAAACCAAAUACAGUGAGUGUGUGUCAUUAAACACAUCACUUCCUGAACCGCAGCCAUGAGGAGAAGCCAAAUCAAAGGCUGGGACGCGGCUGCAGAGUGUGCAAUUUUCUCUGAUGAGUAGGUGAAGUUUGUUUUGGGUCUAUUGUUUUCAACAUCUGCUCUGCGUCUGCAGCUUAUUACUACGGGAAGAAGAGGAAGCUGGCCAAGCCGGCAGGAGGAGAGGAGACGACAGAGGCAGAGCUGGCCAAGCCCACGCGCCGCAGAAAGAAGAGGAAAGCCAUCUUUGUACAGAAGAAGAGACGCUCGUCUGCUGUGGACUACACUCCUGCUGGCUCACCGCAGGUUGGACAGCUCACUUCGAGCCUUGUGUGUCUCUUCUGUCUUUUGUGUUAGCAGUCUGCUCAGAGAAACAGAAAGAAACUGAAUUUAAAGGUAAAACUAAAAACAUCUCAUGAUCCCUGAUGUUACAGGAUCAGUAGAAGAAAACGUAGCUCAGCACAAAGUUUACUUUUUGACACACCGAUGAAAGGCCCCACAUUUAAAAUAGUGCUUUAGUUUAAACUGUGAUGGAAAAAAGAAAAGGUGAUCACAACAUCUCUGUGGAAAUCUUCCUUAAAUCACAAACAUGCUGUGUCAUUGGUUUAGGGCACAAAGCGACAUAUUUAGAAUGAGAUAAACGACUCUUUGAACCAGCAAUUAAUCUUCAUUUUUAAACUGAGAGUAACGUAUCACAUGGUACUGUAUCAUAUCAUACAGUAUCAUAUGGUAUUUUAUCAUUUUAUAUUGUGCUGCACAAGAUCAGAUAUUACCAGACAUGUAACUACAGAAAGGGAAAUAAACUGUACUUUGUAAGUGUGAGAGGUCAAAAUUCAUACAUCAUGAUGUAUUUGAUAAAAAAAUACAACAAAAACAAUAAGUUAAUAAAAAUACAUUGCUUUAUACUGCAAAACAAAGUAUCUUAAAGUUUUGAAAAGUAUUAUGCCGUCAUCAGGAAUCAUGUUAAUAACACUGAAGCAGAUCUAAUGUAUCAUAUCGGAUUAUGUCAUAUCGGAUAAUUGAAAAAAGUAUCCAAAAAAAUCAUGUUGGUUAAUACAAAGUUGUUUUGUAUUAUAUCAUAACACAAAGUAUUAACAAGUUACCAAAUUAAUCAUAUUGAAUAAUACAGUGUUGUGUCGUUUCAGUGUAUCAUAUCGUACUGAUUGUAUCUCAAAAUAAAGCUGUAGGAGCCAUAAUGUCGCUUUGCUUAUCGGUUAUCCUGCGUUCAGUUACUUCUGUCUGGUUGCUAUUGGUUUCACUGGGUUUGGGUCACAUGGGCACUGUGUUUAAAAGCCGAUAAGUCAUAUAAAGUGUGAGCCUAGGUAGCCAUACUUUUUGUUGACCUCGCUUUAUGUUCUUUGUUUGCUAUGAUACACGUCGCAAAGUCUCUACAUAUUCUAUCUGAUGUGGGUGUGUAAAUCAUUGGCGAUUGUCGAAGCAUUUUUUCUGAUAUUAAAGCUCCGAUAACUUUGAUGAACUGGGUGCUUCUUUAGGACAGCAGCGGCGUGUCACACAAAUAUACAGGACCUAGUCUCUGCCUCAAGCGACUUUUCAAAGGUACUAGGAAAGGCUUCGUUAAAAAAAAAAAAAAAAGUGAUGAACCACAAACCCUGCCUUUAGGGACUUGAACCUCAGCUGAAGUUUCAAACCAAGAAACUUUUCUAACCAACUUCAAACUGACUGUCGAAACUAAAGCUGUGGGAAACACACACAUCUAACUUAACACUCAAUCCUUCCUCUGAGCAGAAACCCGAAACUCUGAGUAAAACAUGAGUCCAGACUGACGUCACUCUGAAGGAGCUGAAGGUUAUCUCACCUCUGCUCCUGUGUAGAUCAGAUAUCUUCUCCUGUGUGACUUCAAUGGGGCUGAAGGUCUGGUUUGACCAUUGUCUAGCUCAGUUUCGCUGUUACAAUUUUGUCAAAGAAUAAGACAAAAAAAAACUCGAAUCAUGUCCAAAACACAGCUGAUCAUUUCUUCAUAUUGAAUACUAAAAAUCAGGUGCAGCAGUAGAUGUUUUUACUAAAAAUAAACCCCCAAAAAGAGGACUUUAACACCCGUCCUCUGUUCACCCUUUUGACUCAGGGUUUUCUCUCUCUUUCAGGACAGUGAUGAAGGUGAGGAGGAUGAGGAGAUGGCGAUGCAGUCGGGCAGUGAAGGCACCAGCUCGGAGCCUCGUGAGGACCAAACCGACGCCUCUUCAGUGGAGGUGACCAGCAGCCGUCCUCGCAGAGCCGCGACACUCCGGAGGGCGUUCAGCGCGGGGAACACGACCAGCAGCCAGGAGGUGCCUGAGGGCCGCAGGAGGUCGACUCGCUCGCUGUCGACCUACAACCAGAACAACAAUUAUCAGCCGGCCAAAGGACAAGACAUGCAGGUACGGAGUUUUGGAGGAAAUUAUUCCAAUACAUUGCUUCAUUUUCUUUCGGUUUGGAGGUUUGAAGUGACUAAAGUUAAUUUUUCUGGGGUCAUGUGCGUGAAACUACAUCCCUAAACUCUCUGAGGUGCAGCCAAUCAUGUUGGUACAGGUCUACGUUUAGGGUUUGGAGCCAAGUGAAAAACUGUUUAUGUGUUUUAGAGUAAAGUUCCAGCCUGUAAGCCGGCGCACAUCUGUAGGAUAACUGAACUUUUUUUGUGGUUGUAUAACAGUCAUUAGAUCAAGUGAAUUACAACAUGAGGAUUUAGAGCUGGUUUCUCUUCGACAUAGACUUCAAAUCCCGCCCCGCAGUAAUAUAGUGGAGGGAUUAAGAGAAAACAGGCCUGUGUUUGUGAUUAUUCCAGUCUCAGAGCUUCUGUUUGUGUUUUUCAGGUGGAGGAGGAGGAGGAGGGUCAGCUGGUUUUGGACAGAAAUCCUCUGGAGUGGAGCGUGGAUGAAGUUGUGCAGUUUAUCAACUCUACUGACUGUGCAUCACUGGCAAACAUCUUCCAGGAGCAGGUACACACACGUUCAAAAGACACACUUGAGACAUUUCCUACACUUCUUAGUCCCCUAAACUCGGUUGUUUUGAUCCACUCAGCAGUAAGAAAGACUUAUUUUGUCUUUUUCCGUGCAGGAUAUUGACGGUCAGGCGCUGCUCUUGCUGACUCUGCCCACCGUUCAGGAGUGUAUGGACUUGAAGCUCGGCCCCGCCAUCAAACUGUGUCACCAGAUCGAGCGAGUGAAGGUGGCCUUUUACAAACAGUACGCCAACUGAUCAAGAAGUGGCGCGAAGAAAACCCGCUCAGAGAAAGUUAAAUGUGAACGUGAAGUGGGAACGGUUGGAUUGGGAGUCUCCUCCUGGUGGAUUAUUUUGGAAGUUUUGUCGAUGUGGAUUAUUUUUGGAGCGGUUACUUUGGAAAGACAAACUAAGUUACAAGAGGAGAAGCUGAAGGAUUAAUUUGUGGAUUAUUGUCGGAGUAAAAAUGUGAUGCAGUACCCAUAAAAACUCUCCCAGUGCUGAUUCUGACAGAAGAAAACACGUCUAAGUGGAUCUGUGUGCUUUGUAAUCUGUGAAGAUGUUAUUUUGAGAAGCUGAGGACUUGUUUCCGACGAUUUUUGUUUGUUACUUUUUUGCUUUUUAUUUCUAUUUUAUUUGUGAUAGAGGAGAAUUAUAGCAUUUCAGUUCCAAUAAUCGGAGAAUAUAAAGAGUCCCUCCUUUUUGUGUGAUAUAAUUGGUCCCAAAAAUGUUCAAGAAAUAUUUAACAAACCAUGAAGUAAUAUAUUUGGAAUAUUUAUUAUCCUAAUUUAUAAAGUGGGAAUUAUUGGAAAAAAUCAAGAAAUGUUGUUUUGAUGGAAACAAAUCCCUUAAGUAUGUUAAAAUUAUUCAAAACCCAUAUGUUAUCAGGCUUAUGAACCCCAUUAUGAGUUAUUGAAACCCAUGGAUGCUCACUUCUCAAUGUUACAAUCUCAUAAAACAAUCAUGUAAGCUAUUUUGUCCAUCUAUGCAAAUGUGUGGCAGAUAUUUUUAUAAGUAAGAAAAUAAAUUUCUAUUGAUUUGUA